UACUGAUAUGAUCAUUCCAUUCUAUUCGCAGAUAUUGACGAAUGCCAAGAUCCCGCGAUCUCCGCUCGAUGUGUCGAGAACGCAGAAUGCUGCAACUUACCAGCGCAUUUUGUGUGCAAAUGCAAGCCAGGAUUCGAGGGCGACGGAGAGGAACGGUGUACAGACAUCAACGAGUGUAUCGAUCCGCAAGCGUGUGGAGUGAACGCCGAGUGUGUCAACUAUCCCGGUAACUAUACGUGCCUGUGUAAGGACGGCUUCUACGGUGACCCGUACAAUGGGUGCGCGGAUAUCGACGAGUGCGCUCAGCCGGGAGUUUGCGGACCAGGUGCCAUAUGUACGAACUACGAGGGCGGUUAUCGCUGCGACUGCCCCUCCGGGUUCGACGGGGACGCACGCUCGGCUCAAGGAUGCGUCGACUUCGAUGAAUGUACACGAUCACCAUGCGGAAGAAACGCUCUGUGCCGAAACGACGUCGGGAGCUUUCGCUGCCAGUGUCCCGACGGUUUUCAAGGCGACCCAAUGACGGACUGUCAAGAUAUCGACGAAUGUUCCAAUAACCCGUGCGCCGAGGGUGCCCAGUGUACGAACACUCCCGGCGGCUUCCGGUGUAGCUGCCCGUCGGGGAUGACCGAUUCGGGCGGCGAGUGCAUCGACAUUAACGAGUGUGCUAAGUCUAACGCUUGCGGAGAGAAUGCCAAGUGCAUCAACUUUCCCGGAUCGUACAAAUGCUUGUGCCCGCAAGGAUUCCAAGGACGGGGUGAACUGUUUUGCAAAAAUGUAAACGAAUGCCUUGAUAAUCCGUGUGGGGAAAAUGCGAUAUGCACGGAUACGAUCGGUAGCUUUGUUUGCUCGUGCAAGCCAGAAUACACGGGAGAUCCAUUUCGGGGCUGUGUCGAUAUCGACGAGUGCACGGCGUACGACAAACCGUGCGGAAAUCACGCGGUCUGUGAGAACGCCAACCCCGGUUAUAACUGCUUGUGCCCGCAAGGGUACAUCGGAAAACCGGACCCGAAGAUCGCCUGCGAACAGGCCGACGUCAACGUGCUGUGCAGCAGCAACUUCGACUGUACUAACAACGCCGAGUGUAUCGAGGGUCAGUGCUUCUGUCAAGAUGGUUUUGAACCACAGGGAUCUAGCUGCAUCGACAUUGAUGAAUGUCGAAUGAACAGCCAAAUCUGCGGACCGUCAGCGGUGUGCAUCAACACACCGGGAUCCUUUCGAUGCGAUUGUGAAGCUGGCUUCAUCGGUACACCUCCACGAAUACAUUGCAAGACGCCAUGCGCAGACGUCAAAUGUGGUAAAAAUGCGUAUUGUAAGGCCGAAGGCCAAGAAGCGUUCUGUAUUUGCGACGAAGGAUGGACUUUUAAUCCAGCAGAUAUUUCUGCCGGUUGUGUUGAUAUUAACGAGUGCGACCCUGCGCAAGGACCAAAUGGAAGAUGUGGUGUGAAUGCCAUAUGUUCCAAUCAACCAGGAUCUUACAGCUGCCAGUGUCCACCCGGGUUUACCGGAGACGCUAACCGUCAAUGCUACGAUGUAGAUGAAUGCUCAAAAUCCAACGCAUGCGGAGAAAACGCCAUCUGCAAGAACGUAGAAGGCUCACAUCAAUGCUCUUGUCCUCCGGGAUCCAUCGCCGAUCCUGAUCCAACCGUACGCUGUAUCACCAUUGUAACGUGUAGUAAAGAUCACGACUGCCCAGGAAAUGCUAUAUGCGACUCCCACAAGCGAUGUCUCUGUCCGGAACCGAACAUUGGAAAUGAUUGCCGACAUCCUUGUGAGAACGCUGCUUGCGGGCCGAACUCACAUUGUAUGCUGGUCAACGGUGAAGCCCAAUGCCUAUGUAGUGAAGGAUUCACCGGCCAUCCUGGCCAGUGCGUUGACAUUAAUGAAUGCGCUGCAAAUCCAUGUCCAACUGGAGCCGUAUGCUCCAACAUUCCAGGAGGAUACACUUGUCAAUGCCCAGGCGGUAGCUCUGGUGAUCCCUAUUCAGGAGGAUGCUCCAAAUCCGCCUUACACACUUGCAAUGAUCAGAACCCAUGCCCAUCUGGUGAAAAGUGUAUUCAGGAUGCAUACAGCGGAAAUAGUGUCUGUAUUUGUGGUCAAGGCUACAAACGAAACUCCAAAGGCGUUUGCAAAGACAUCAACGAAUGCCAGGACCCGAACAAACCGGCUUGUGGUGUCAACGCAAUAUGUAAAAAUCUUCCAGGAAGUUACGAAUGCCAAUGUCCACCUGGCUUCAACGGAAAUCCAUUCAUGUCGUGCGAAGAAUGCAACAGCCUGGAAUGCAAAUGCCCUGCGCCAUACAAGUUCAUGGAUGGAAAUUGUGUUCUGGACAACUGCUCUCCUGAUGGUAAAUGCCCGGGCGGAGCGGAGUGUAUUUCAAUUACCGGAGGUGUCAGUUAUUGUGCAUGCCCGAAAGGCUUCCGAACGCAAUCUGACGGAAGAUGCGAAGACAUUGAUGAAUGUACAGAAAAUCAACACGCUUGCGGUUAUGAUGCCAUCUGUAUGAACACAAUCGGCGGAUACGAAUGUAAAUGCCCACUGGGAUAUUCAGGAGAUCCGUACAAUGGCCUCUGCGCUCUGGCGCAGAAACGUUGCUCAGCAGAUCGCGAAUGUAGUUCCAAUGAAAAAUGUGUCCAACCUGGCGAAUGUAUCUGUCCUCCACCAUUCUACAUGGAUGCAUACGAUGGUAAUAAGUGUAAAAGCCCUUGCGAGAGGUUUCCUUGUGGAAUCAACGCCCGGUGCACCCCUACCGAUCCACCACAGUGCAUGUGUGAGGUUGGCUACAAGGGAGAUCCAUUGACCGGAUGCGUAGAUGAAGAUGACUGUGCAAACUCGCCUUGUGCCUACGGAGCACAGUGCGUUAAUCAAAAGGGUGGAUACAAAUGUAUAUGUCCCAAAUCGAUGGUAGGCGAUCCAUACAAGGGCGGCUGCAUCCUCGAAGAAGGAUCAGUCAAGAGCCAGUGCCAAAGAAAUGAAGAUUGCGCUGAUACUUUGGCUUGCGAACGAGGAACUUGUGUCAGCCCAUGCAGUAGUCUACUCUGCGGAACGAAUGCCUAUUGCGAACCGGAGAAACACGCUGCGUGGUGUCGCUGUCGAGUUGGUUUUGUGGAAGGGCCAAAUGGUGAUUGCGUUUCUCAAUGCAACGGUUAUAUGUGCGGGCACGGUGCAAUGUGCAUCGUGACCAACAGUGGCCCAACGUGCAAGUGUCCACCAGGAGAGGUUGGUAAUCCUUUCCCGGGAGGAUCUUGUAGUACAGACCAGUGCUCUACAAACCGUCCAUGUGCUGAACCGCAAGUAUGUAUCAACGGACGUUGCAAGCAACGAUGCGAUGGAGUGGUUUGUGGAGUCGGUGCUACCUGCGACGAUGCUUCAGGAAAAUGUGUCUGCGAACCAUUCUUUGUCGGUAAUCCAGAAAUGCUUUGUAUGCCACCUAUUACAACGCCUAGUUGUAGUCCUGACUGCGGACAAAACGCUCAUUGUGAGUAUGGAGUUGUGCAGAACAGUUGCGUCUGCAACCCAGGCACAACCGGAAAUCCGUAUGGUAUCUGCGAAUCAAAGUCAAGAAACAGUUGCAGUCAGAUGAAAUGCGGCCGGAACGCUUUGUGUCGAGAAACGCUCAACUCCGUGGAAUGCAUUUGUCCGAUCGGUUUCAUCGGUAACCCCUACGUUCAGUGUAAUGAUAUUGACGAAUGCUCUACGAAUAAUGUAUGCGGAGAAGGUGCAGUCUGCAUCAACACAGCAGGAAGCUUCGAUUGUCGCUGCAAACCUGGCCAUACCGGUAAUCCAUUCACAAUGUGUUCACCAGUGGAGAAGAACGUUUGUGAAAAUCCUAGACGCUGUCAGUGCGGAAAGAAGGUACAGUGCCCACCAGGGUUUACCUGUGAGCGAGGAACUUGCAAGGAUCAGUGCGCUAAAACUAACUGUGGUCCACGAGCUGCGUGUGAUUCAGGAAAAUGUGUCUGCCCUGCGGGUUACACAGGCAAUCCGAAGGAUCUGCGAAGUGGAUGUGUACCAGAAGGUCAGUGCGAUAACGAUGCAGAUUGUCAAAGCAAAGAUAUUUGCUUCCAAUUCGGUAAGGGAGUGCGGAAAUGUGUUGACGCCUGUAGCAAAUUGCAAUGCGGCCCGAAUGCUCUCUGUGUAUCGAAUGACCAUAGAUCGACCUGCAUCUGCGCCAGUGGCUAUAACGGCAAUCCGGGCGAUCUAACCCUAGGAUGCCAAAAGGAAAUUAAGCUUAUUGAAGGAUGCAAAGACGACUCGGAAUGCGCUGAGGGCAAAAUAUGUGCAACAACAGAAACUGGACUACGCUCUUGCAUCAAUCCAUGUAGCGCAGUCGCAUGUGGCGUUAACGAAGUGUGCAAACCUAACGAGCAUAACAAUCCAAUCUGCCACUGUAAAGAAGGAUUCUUGUGGAACCCAGUGUCUUCCUCGUGCGAAAAGCCAUCCAUUCCGGAUUGUACCAAGGAUGAUGAGUGUCACCAGGUAGCAGCAUGCCGACAAGAUGAACUAGGCAUUCUUAAAUGUACUCCGGUUUGCGCGGAGUUCACAUGUCCUGCAAAUUCGGUGUGUGUAUCGUCGAACCAUCGAGGAAGCUGCCAGUGUUUGCCAGGAUAUACUGGAAACCCUAAUGACAGAAACGGAUGUCGUCCUGAACUGCAGAAUAAAUGCCUUACCAGUGCGGAGUGUUCGGAGUCCGAUGCCUGCGUAACCUACAAGGGAGCAUUGUCUUGCAGACCGGCUUGCGAAGAUGUUCAAUGCGGCCUGCACGCUAUUUGCAUUAGUAACAAUCACAACGCCCAAUGUCAAUGUCCUCCGGGAUCAUUUGCAGGCGAUCCUUACGAUUUGACGCAUGGUUGUCAGUCCGUACCUUGUGUCUAUAAUAACGAUUGUCCACCGACGCAACUAUGUAACCGAAUGACUCACACCUGCUACGAUGUCUGCCAGGAAGAUACUUGUGGAGAAAAUGCCGUUUGUAUCGCAGAAAAUCAUCGAUCUAUAUGUCAGUGUCCUCCGGGAUACAAGGCUAACCCAAUAGCGGAUGUAGAGUGCACACCAAUAAGGUCAUGCGAUCCAAAUCCAUGUCAUCCAUCGGCAAUUUGCGAAGCGGCUCCCGAGGGACACAUCUGCAAGUGCGCAGUUGGUCAAGUAGGUGAUCCAAUGACGGGCUGCCGUCCUGAAGGCGACUGUCCAAAUGGUGAUCUUCAAUGUGCGGAGAAUACAGCGUGCGUGAAUGGAAAAUGUAUCGAUCCUUGUGCUAAUGCCUGCGGUCUCAAUGCCAAGUGUACCGUGAUUAACCGAACGCCGGUAUGCAGUUGCAAGACAAAAUAUGUACCGGGAGUUAGCGGAUCGGCGAGAGAUGGAUGCGUACGACUUGUUAACGAAUGUUUGAAUGAUUUGGAUUGUGGCGGAGACGUCUGUCAAAAUGGGCAAUGCAUGGUAGUGUGCAGGAAUAACUACGAUUGCUCUGGAGGUGAACGGUGCAUUAGUGGAAUAUGUACACAACCGUGCUCUAGCCAUAGUCAAUGUAACGCAGGGCAGGCUUGUAUUUCCGGUAGUUGUUUGAUUGGAUGUAGAAGCAACAAGGAUUGUGAUAGUUCUAAGGCUUGCAUCAACAGCAAAUGCAGAGAUCCAUGCGAGACUGAAGGAGCUUGUGGUCCUAACACAAAAUGCAGCGUUGUCAAUCAUGUAACCAGUUGCAAGUGUCCACCAGGAUUUGAAGGAAACCCAAUUCCAGAACAGGGCUGCGUAAGAAUGCCUGCAUCUUGUAGUAGUUCUGCGGAAUGUGCGCCAGGUCACAUGUGCAUCGCCAACCAGUGUAAUCUGCCUUGUUCCGAGACUUCUGGAUGUGCUGUUGGAGAAAGAUGCCACAACAACAUGUGCGCCAAGGUAUGCUAUACAAACAACAAUUGUUUGCCAGGUGAGGUGUGCAAUGAAGCUGGUACAUGUCAACCGGGAUGUAGCACUGACUCAGAUUGUCCUUCGCAAAAGGUAUGCAUGGCAAGUAAAUGCAAGUGUAUGAAGGGUUUCAUUGGAACGCCAUUCGGAUGUUCGGAUAUUGAUGAGUGUACCGAUGGUCCAUGUCAUCCAUCGGCACGAUGUGAAAACAUUCCUGGGUCUUACCGAUGUAGUUGUCCCGAAGGAACCGUUGGAGAUGCUUACUCGAAUCCAGGAUGUCGUCUACCGAACCAAUGCUACAAGAACAGUGACUGCGCGGAAAACUUGUCUUGCAUUGAGGGAAAAUGUACUGAUCCUUGUCUAGUUACCAAGUGUGGAGUGAAUGCCGAAUGUCACAUUAUUGAUCACGUCGCAGAAUGCCAAUGUCCUUCGGGUCAUUUGGGAGAUGCAAGAGAUAGUACUGUUGGCUGUUUCCGCGUCGAAUGUUUGGCUGACGAUGAUUGUGUGCAGGAUAGACAGUGUCACAGUGAAACAAACAAGUGUAUUAACCCUUGUGAAUUAGUUGAUUGUGGAAAGGGAGCAUGUCAUAUCGAAAACCAUCAAGCCAUUUGCACUUGCCUGCAAGGUUACGAUGUCAUCGGAGGCAGAUGUGAAGACGUAGAUGAAUGCAGAGCCAAUCCUUGCCAUUCCAGUGCAACAUGCCAAAAUCUACCCGGCAGCUACACUUGUACCUGCCCAGAAGGCCUUGUAGGUGAUCCAAUAAACAGUGGAUGUAGGAACCCAGACGAAUGUAUUGCAAACUCAGAUUGUCCAACAACAGCGGUUUGUGAGAAGUCUCGUUGCAAGAACCCAUGCUCGAUUGAAAACGCUUGCGGAGAAAAUGCUGUUUGUUCAGCGGUUGACCAUAAAGCGGUUUGCGAAUGUGCACCCAAUGCUCGUGGAGAUCCUAAAGUUAGCUGCUUGAGAGUUGAGUGCACCGAGAGUAACGAUUGUUCUUCUAGCCAGACUUGCAUCAAUUACAGUUGCGUUGAUCCAUGUACUCUGACGAACGCUUGCGGUCAGAACGCCAAUUGCGUAUCAGAGAACCACCUGGCUAUCUGCUCAUGUCAACCAGGAACAACCGGAAAUCCACUACUGGGAUGCGUGCCUCUGCAAUACUGUAACAGUGAUCAACAGUGUCCAGCAGGAACAAAAUGUAAUGCGGGAGUUUGCUGUACGCUAUGCUCGAGUGGUCGCGAUUGUAUCAACGAUCAGCUGUGUAUUCAGGGUGUAUGCCAGCCCACUUGUAGAUCAAAUUCCAGCUGUCCGGACUUCCAAUUUUGUCAGAACAACAUUUGCACACAAGAGUUCAAGUGCCGCACUGACGAAGACUGCGAUAUCGAUGAAACUUGUAUGGUUGACUCUACGGGACGCUCAGAAUGUAUCAACGCUUGUUCAGGGCGAGUACUUUGCGGUAGAAAUGCAGAAUGUUCAGCCAGGGAUCAUUCAGCUGUUUGUGAUUGUAAACCUGGUUUCUUCCAGGACAAGACUGGAACGUGUCGUAAGAUAGAAUGCCAGACUGAUGAUGAUUGUUCAAGUGACAAAAUGUGUGAAGGAAAUACGUGUAAGAUUGCUUGCUUGAUGGGCGAGCCAUGUGGAGCAAAUGCACUGUGUUCAGCAGAAAACCAUAAGCAGGUGUGCUACUGUCAACCUGGAUUUACCGGUGAUCCAAAGCAGGGUUGCAAUCUUAUAGAUUUCUGCAAAGAAUCACCUUGUGGUGCAAAUGCCAAGUGUAGAAAUAGUCGAGGAUCGUAUCGCUGUUCAUGCCCGGUUGGACUGGUUGGAGAUCCUUAUGCAUCUGGUUGUAAGAAGGCAGCGGAAUGUGACACGAAUAGUGACUGUCCAGAGUUCGCCGAAUGCUUCAAAUCUAACGGUGAACCGAAGUGUCGAGAUGUUUGCGAGAAUGUCGCAUGCAGUCCUAACGCCGAAUGUCAACCGAAAAAUCACAACGCCGUCUGUACCUGCAGAGCAGGAUACGAAGGUGAUCCAACCGAUCUGCUGAACGGAUGUAAACCAUUGCCUCUACCUUGCAAACUGAACAAUGAUUGCCCGGAAAAUUCGUAUUGCUAUGGACAAAUUUGCAAGCCUGCUUGCACUGCAACCGAAGAGUGCAACCAAGAUGAGGUCUGUUCUAAGGGUCAAUGUAUUAACCCGUGCCACGAACCGAACGCAUGCGGUAUGAACGCCGAAUGCCUGAUGGGUGGACACUUUAAGCAGUGUUCUUGCCCAGCCGGAUUCACGGGUGAUGCUGCACUGGAGUGCGUAAGAAUUCCGGUCUUAUGUACUUCCAAUGCUGAUUGUAUCGAGGGAACUGCUUGCCACGAAUCAAUGUGCUUACCGCGCUGUAGAGUGGAUCAGGAAUGUGCUCUAAAUGAAAAGUGCAUCGGUAACAAGUGCAUGCUAACGUGUCGCUUGGACAACGAUUGCUUCCUGGGACACAUCUGCCUGAAUGGACGUUGCAUCUACGGAUGUCAUUCGGACGAUGACUGUAGUGCGAGUGAAACAUGCCGAGCCAAUAAAUGUACGGACCCGUGUCAAGAGAACCCUUGUGGUCCAAACGCAGCUUGUACAGUAGUCAAUCAUCGGGCUAGCUGCUCGUGCAUCAACGGUAUGGUUCCAAGUCCGACAGCAAAGAUUGGCUGCGUCCGUGCUCCGGCGCUACAGUGUACGGAGAACAGAGACUGUGCACAAGGCACAUCAUGUAUUGAGAACUUGUGUCGACCGGUAUGUGCCAACGAUCAGGGUUGCCUGAACAAUGAACGAUGCGAUCGAGGAACCUGCAAACCUAUAUGCAGACGCGACGACGACUGUCGAAAUGGAGAAGUGUGUCAGGGACAGACAUGUAUGGUUGGAUGCCGAUCUGACGCUGGAUGUCCUGGUCAACUGGCAUGUGUUAAUCAGCAAUGCGUGGAUCCAUGUCAAGAACCAACUGCUUGCGGAACAAAUGCACUAUGCUCGGUAGUAAACCACAGAAAGCAGUGUACAUGUCCACCACCGCUUAUCGGAGAUCCGUUGACAGGAUGUCGACCUGAGCAAAGAUCUUGUCAGACAAGAAGCGAUUGUCCAAAGGGACAGGCUUGCUAUGGAAAUUCGUGUAUGCCAACAUGCCGCAAUGAUCAGAAUUGUUUGGCUGAUGAACGAUGCAUACGUGGCACAUGUCGAACAGUGUGCAAUAGCGAUGCCUCAUGUACAAAUGGACUGAUUUGUGAAAACCGCAUAUGCCAGACGGGAUGCCGUUCAGAUAACAAUUGCCCGAACAAUCAGGCUUGCGUCAACAAGCAGUGUACGGAUCCAUGCACAGUGUUGGGACAGUGCGGUACUUGUUCAGAGUGCUCGGUGGUCAAUCAUGGUGUUCAGUGUAGUUGCCCGAAUGGUUAUUUGGGCAAUCCUCUGGUAUCAUGUGCACCUCCGCCACAAAAGUGUAAUUCUUACUGCUAUUGCGAUGAAGAAGGCGUUUUCUGUGCUGACAAGUGUCGACAGGCGAAGGACUGCGCAUGUGGUCAGACGUGUUCGAGAGGUAGAUGCCGAACGAAGUGUAACCCGGGAUCGUGUCCUGCUGGGCAACUAUGCCAGAACGGAGCUUGCAUGGCAGGUUGUCAGCGAAAUACGGACUGUCCUGGAGAUAGAUCAUGCGUCAAUCGAAAAUGUGUGGAUCCCUGCGCUGGAGGAAAAACUUGUGGUAAGAAUGCCAUCUGCCAGGUGGCUGAUCACCAAGCUCUCUGCCUGUGUCCAGAUGGAUUCCAAGGUGAUCCACGAGAAGGUUGCGUGCAUUACGAAUGUCAAACGAACGAAGACUGUGAACUGGAUAAGAAGUGUGUCGUAGGAAAGUGCACCAAUCCGUGUUUGGAGGACGGAGCAUGUGGCGUCAAUGCUCAAUGUCGUGUCGUUAAUCGACAAGCUCAGUGCUCCUGUACUCCCGGAUUCUUCGGGAAUGCUCGUCAAGAGUGUCAACCACUGCAGAAGGAUAGCUGUUCGCAGAAUCCUUGUGGUGAGAAUACGGUAUGCAGGGAAGAUGCAAACGGUUAUGAAUGUACUUGCCAGCCCGGAUGUAUGGGUAAUCCGAAACAGGGAUGUCUUGUCGAAGCCAAGCAAACCAAUAAGUGCCACAACUUCCGUUGCGGAGCCAAUGCCAUUUGUCGGGUUACACAGUUUGAUGAGCCGGAAUGCAUCUGCCCACCAUUGUAUCCAGGAGGUGAUCCAUACACGGAAUGUACAAACGAACGAUCGGUUACCGAUUGUCGAACGACCGGAUGCACCGAAGGAGAAUGCGUCCGAGACGGCACUCAAUUUAUCUGCCGUAACGACGAGUCCUGUGCGAACGAUAUGCAAUGUCCCAAUGAAAAGGCUUGUAUCGGAGGAAAGUGUUCUGACCCUUGCUCGUUGAGAGGAGCCUGUGGGGAUAAUGCCCUGUGCCAAACGGUUCUUCAUAGGCCUCGAUGUUCGUGUCCCAACUGCUACGUCGGUAGACCAAAUGUUGAAUGUAAGCCCGAUCCAAAAUGUCAGGAAGCAAGCACACAGAAACCCAGCGAUCCCAAAAUUGUUUCGAUCGCUUGCGAAACGGAUAACGAUUGUGAUCCAUCCUUACGAUGUGACGCCAGUGGGCAGUGUAGCGAUCCUUGUACCGUCCCAACUACUUUCGUGUGCGACCCGAACAAGAAGUGUAUCUCCAGACGGCACCGUCCAGUUUGCGUUUGUAAACAUGGUUUCAUUGUCAAUGACUAUGGAGAACUGAUUUGUGCUCCCGAGAAACGCGAAUGCCACGGCGAUGACGGUUGCGCUUCCAAUAUGGCAUGUAUCGAUGGAAAGUGUUUGAAUCCUUGUAUGCCUACGGCUACCAGAGGACCAGCCUGCCCGGAAGAUAAGGCAUGUCUCGUAAUGGAUCACAAACCAGCCUGUAUAUGUAUGAAGGACUGUAGUCCAUCGCUCUCGAUUUGCCUGCGAGAUAGCGGAUGUCCAGCUGAUCUGGCCUGUCGAAACUAUCAAUGUGUCAACCCUUGCGAAACAACUCAAUGUGCUGACGACACACCAUGCUUUGUUGAAGACCAUAAACCGAUCUGUAAAUUCUGCCCUCCUGGAUUCGUCAGAGAUGCCCAUCAAGGAUGUUUGAAAGCUACAGAAGCACAAGAACAAGAUGAUGAAGAGGUACAGAAGGUGGCGCCCGUCUGUUCGAAACACUCCGAUUGCGGCGAACAGUUGCAGUGUUUAGCGGGCCGUUGUCUCGAUCCUUGUAGGUCUGGUUGUGGUCAAUCGGCUGUAUGCACCGUGAAGGCACACAUUCCCACUUGUACCUGUCCCCCGACCCACACCGGCAAUCCCAACCGGAAGUGCGUUCCCAUAACCUCCACUACCGCGACCGGCGAACCGAUCGACGCAGUUGUCACAACCACGGAGAUCUACGGCGGUGAUGGCAUCGACCGAUCCGAUGUGUUCAGCACGAUUGAACCGGAUAUGGAUACUGAACAAACCGAUGCAACCUCCAGGGCCACCACUGGUCACUCAAUUUUGCCACCGCCCGUAACACUUACUCCGAUGGAAGCUUCAACUUUGACCGGAGAUAACUUGCUAACGUCUGUUGAUCAGAAGAAUCCAGCACCAAUAACGGAAAAAUCCGAAGACUUUACUACCGCAUCAGUGCUCACAGACAGUUCAUCUCAAACAAGCUCUCAAUUCCCAACGAGUACAAAAGAUUCUUCCGAAGAAGAAUAUCUUCAGUUUUCAACAACGACGUUUCUAACAACCGAAGUAAAUACGUAUGACAUGACAAAGAAAAGUCAAGACUCGUUUUCAGAUUUAACAACGGGUGGUCCACGACUACCAACGACUAUGGAGAGUAUGACGUCAGAGAAAAUCUUUGACCGAGUAACUACUUUGGAAGUGACAACAGAGAUCUCUAAAGACACCACAACUGCAACGAUUGCUUCAUCAACUCCCACUUCUGAAAUAUACACUUCAACAACGGUAUACAAACCAACUUCAACUGAAUUUUCAACGCUCGUUAAUUUGCAGUCAGAAUCUCCUACCGAGCUCACUUCUACAGAAUAUCAAUCUACUACCGUUGUCGAUCAUACAACAGAAUCAGACAACUCAUCUACACAAAGAAGCACUACGGACUAUGUGGUACGGUCUACUCUUCGAACAACCGAAGAAAUGUCUACAACCGUGGAGCAGAGUGAAACAUCCACUGCCUUACCGUCCACUUCCUCCAAACCUCCUGGUACCUUAGUUAAACAGGACCGCAAAACGACCGAGCUUGAAACUAACGUGCCACCGACAAUGCUCACCCGACCGACCACUCUUCCGGAUGUAUUACUCAACCGUAGUAGCUCAACCCAAGGCUACGACGAAUACAUGGGCCACGAAGAGGCCACGGUAAAACCGAUCAAAGAUCGGAAGGAAACAGAAACUGUGAUCUAUGAUGUCGACAUGACGACUACCACGCAGUCAUCUAGCGAAAAGAGCACCACGGAACCGGAAAAUGAUCGAAGCAUUCCGCUAUCGACGGUUACGUAUGGAGAUAGAGACGACGACUACGAUUACGGUAGCGAAGAAGUCGUCGAAAAAGAAGAUGUACCACCCAAAUCUACUACCAGCGCACCGAAGGGUACAGAAACCACUACCGAAACCAGGGGUGGAAGAGUCACUGAGAGCACCGAACGGUCAACGGCUUCAACGAUGAGUAUAGAUGAUGCAACCACAACGUUGAAAACAACCACCGAAGAACCGAGCACAACAACUGACGAUAUCAUGACCACAACGCAAGAUUCCACAAAUAUCCACAAAGUAGUAACACACGUCUAUGACUCUGCAACGACAAUGGCGCCACUUGUUCCUUUGCAAGUGUGCUUGACAGAUGGAAACUGUAUGCAGAAUGAAACUUGCCUCGACAAUAUCUGCGUCGAUCUGUGUCGGUCCGCCAAUCCUUGUCCCCUCGAAAUCCCAUGCCUCACCCUGAACCACCAACCAAAGUGCCUUUGCAAUAAAGCUGACCCAGUUGAUUCAGCCAAUUGUAUAGAAGAAUCAGAAAUUGGAUGUAGACACAGCGACGAGUGCCCUGCGGAACGGUCUUGCAUCAACGGAGCGUGUAUCAACCCGUGCCUGACCGGUAAUCCGUGCGAAGCCGGGCAAGAGUGUGAGGUCCAGAACCACGAAGCGGUGUGCAUCAAACUUUGCCAAUGUCAACGGGCUAGUGACUGUGCCUCCGGAACGAUAUGCGACGGCUGCAACUGCAUCACGCAGGAUACGAACGUCAUCUCUGGCUGCGAGCACUGUCCACCAGGAAUUCCGUGCAACCCGUUGACCGGAGCCUGCGUCAAAGAACCCCCAGGCACGCCCAAAAUACCCGAACCCUGUAAAUCGGAUGCCGACUGUAUUGAAACGGAGGUUUGCUUCAUGGAGGCAUGCGAGAAUCCCUGUCUCUUUGAUGGCGUUUGCGCACCAACGGCAACCUGCCACGCCAAAAUGCACCGACCAAUCUGCACGUGUCCUCCGGGACACGAGGGUAACCCAACGAUAAAGUGCACUCCACUGGAACCAAUUCAAUGCACCUCGAAUGACGAAUGUCCACUCAUGGAAGCCUGUGUUGGAAACGUGUGUCGUCGUCCAUGUGACGUCAAAAAUCCGUGUGCUCCGAACGCAGUGUGCAUCAACCGGAAUCACGGUUCUGAGUGCAGCUGCAUCGAAGGUUAUCACGGAAACGGUUUCGUAGCUUGUCAACCAGUGACCACUCCAGGUUCAGUAUGCCAGUACAACGAAGAUUGUCCACCGGAGAAGCUGUGCGAUCGGUUGAACCGUGUCUGUAUCAACCCAUGUCAGGAAGAUUCUUGUGGAGAAAAUGCCGACUGCUUCCCUCGUAAUCAUGGCAUCGAGUGCCGUUGCCGAAGCGGGUUCUCCGGAAAUGCAUACAUUGAGUGUGUCCAGUUACACGGAUGUCGAUCAGAUAGCGAGUGUAGUUCGCACGAAGCCUGUAUCAAUGGUCAAUGUUUGUCCCCAUGUCAAUGCGGUCCGAAUGCACUAUGUGAUGUUCGCAAUCAUAAACCGCUAUGCAAGUGUCCUCCAGGAUACAAAGGAGAUGGCCGGUUAGGAUGCAAUCCACCGAGUAACCCUUGUGACCCGAAUCCAUGUGGCUUGAAUGCUAUGUGCGAGAUCGAUGCCGGUAGCCCAGUGUGUUUCUGUCCAAAGGGAUUGACUGGAAAUCCAUUCAAGAAUUGCAUUCCCGAAGGAGAUGAAUGCACGCCAAAUCCUUGCGGACCAAACACUGGAUGUCGCAAAAUUAACGGACAAGCUGCUUGCUUCUGUUUACCAGAAUAUGAGGGAAAUCCUCCAGAGGUGCCAUGCAAACUUCCACACAAUCCUUGCGAACCGUCACCUUGUGGACCCAAUACUCAGUGCACGAUAUUGAGCAAUGGCUUUGCCAAGUGCACUUGCCUCAGUGGAUACAUCGAGAGUCCCAACACAAUUCGAGGUUGUAUCGAGCCACGGAAUCCGUGUGAACCGAACCCUUGUGGAUUUGGAGCGAUUUGCGACUCGUCGCGUAAUCCAGUAUGCUACUGUCCAGAAGGAAGCAUUGGUAAUCCAUUCCGGAGCUGCGCUGAACCAGUUGUAACACCCGAACUAUGCAAACCUGGACCAUGCGGAACUAAUGCUGAUUGCUACAUCGCAGAAGGUCGCGAGCAGUGCUACUGCAGAUCAGGCUACAUUGGAGAUCCAUAUGCCGGAUGUGUGGAACAACCACGAUCGGUCUGUGAACCGAACCCAUGUGGACCAGGAGCGGAAUGUUUGAUUCUUACCGAUGGAUCACCAGCUUGUCGAUGCCCACCCGGUCUAAGUGGAGACCCAACUAGUGCCGAGGGUUGUCAUGGAUACGAAUGCCGAGUGGAUAACGAUUGCGAAGCUGAUAAGGCAUGCAUAGGCUUCCAAUGCGUUGACCCCUGUCCGGGUGCAUGCGGAACAGGAGCUCACUGCAAGGUAGAGAAACAUCAUCCUGUUUGCUUCUGCAACGCUGGUCUAACAGGAAAUCCUGCAUACCGUUGUUACGCGCUGGAUACACCAGUGCCAAGCAAUCAAUGCAAACCAGGAGUUUGCGGUGUCAAUACACAGUGCACAAUGCGUAAUCGUAGACCAGUAUGUAAGUGUUUGCCAAACUACAAGGGUGAUCCGAAGAGAGGCUGUAAACCAGAAUGCGAAUUGAACUCCGAUUGCCCUACGGAUAAAGCUUGUUACAACCGACGAUGUGUACCACCAUGCAACGGAGCAGUUUGUGGUGUAAACGCUGAAUGUCAAGUAGAAUAUCACACCCCAAUGUGCAAGUGUCCGAACGGUUACACCGGAGAUGCGUUUGUACAAUGCGUGCUGAUCCCAGAGGACCGUAACAUGACUCGACAACCUUGCCAAUCUUCACCGUGCGGACCUCAAGGCGUUUGCUCAGUUUACGGCAAUGAUGUAGCCUUGUGCGAUCCAUGUUCAGCACCAGAAGCAAUCCAUAACCCACGAUGCAGACCACAAUGUGUAUUAAAUACGGACUGUCCAUUCAAUCUAGCAUGUUUGCAAGGUAAAUGUCAGGACCCAUGUCCAGGUUCUUGCGGAUAUAACGCUAUAUGUACGGUUGAGCAACACCGUCCAGUAUGCUCCUGUCCUCCGGGCUUGUACGGAAACCCAUAUGAGCGAUGUAUCCAACAGGAUACACCACUUGAAACCUGCGACACAAUCCGCUGUGGAGCAAACACCGACUGCAAACGAAUGGGUGGUGUAUUGGCUUGUGUCUGCAAGAAGAACUAUUUCGGGGAUCCACUCGUUGGAUGUAGACCCGAGUGCGUCAUCAACACCGAUUGUCCAAGCAACAAAGCAUGCGUAAAUAAUCAAUGCCAGGAUCCAUGCGUCGGAGUAUGCGGUGUAAGCGCUUUAUGCAAAGUUGUGAACCAUAUUCCAGUAUGCUACUGUCCACCUACUCAUACAGGCGACGCAUUGAUCGCUUGUACGGAGAAGGCUUAUCUGCCUCCAGACACUACACCUUGCGAUCCAAAUCCAUGUGGUCCGAAUAGCAAGUGCCUGACGACGCCUGACAACUAUGCUGUGUGCUCAUGUUUGCCAGGUUUCCGAGGAGUACCACCGGCUUGCCAGGCGGAAUGUAUGAUCAACGCCGAAUGUCCUCAGAACAAGGCUUGUGUCAAUUUAAAAUGCGUUGAUCCAUGCCCAGGAACAUGCGGUGUCGGAGCCAGGUGUGAAGUAUUGAACCACAAUCCAAUCUGUAGCUGCGGACCAAAUCAAGAAGGAGAUCCAUUUGUUAUCUGCGAAGGUAGACAAAAAGAACCUCCGAUAGAGACACCAAAAAAUCCAUGUGAACCUUCCCCUUGUGGAAUGAACUCGAUUUGUCAGGUUAAACGCAAUCGUCCGGUAUGUUCGUGUCAACCAAACUUCAUCGGAAGUCCUCCACACUGCCGACCGGAAUGUGUUUUCAGCAACGAAUGUCCACAAGACAAGGCUUGUAUCAACGAAAAAUGCCAGAAUCCUUGUGCUAACGCAUGUGGUGCAAAUGCGGAAUGCCAUGUUGUAGCUCAUUCCGCCUUCUGUAACUGUAAGCAAGGAUAUGAAGGCGAUGCUUUCGUUGGAUGCUCAGAAGUACAAAGAACCCCACCAGAACCUAGAGAUCCAUGCUACCCGAGUCCAUGUGCCGAAAAUGCAGUCUGUUCAGCUGUAAAUGGAGCCGCCAAAUGUACGUGCAUUGCGCCAUACCUUGGAGAUCCAUACAACACGGGAUGUAGGCCAGAAUGUGUACUCAACUCUGAUUGUGCAAGUCCGUUGGCCUGUAUCAAUCAACAUUGCCGAGAUCCUUGUCCAGGAGUAUGUGGUUCCAACGCUGAAUGUACUGUGGCCAACCAUAUCCCCGUGUGUGAAUGUAAUAGAGGCUUCAUAGGGGAUCCAUUCCGCGGUUGCCGUCGGGAGGUUCCACAGCAAGUUCCCGCUACGGAUCCAUGUGCGCAAUGUCCAUCAAACAGCGUGUGCCGAAUUGUGCAAGGUAGACCAACAUGUUCAUGCCCCGAAGGAUAUCGUGGAGCCCCACCAGCGUGCAGACCAGAAUGCUCAAGCAAUGAAGAGUGCCCUCAUGAUCAAAGCUGUAUCAACCUAAAGUGCAAAGACCCAUGCCCAGGGCUUUGCGGAGUCAAUGCACAAUGCCAAGUCAUUAAUCACAAACCAUUCUGUAGUUGCCUCCGAGAUUACUACGGAAAUCCAUUUGAGCAGUGUAUGCCCAAGCCUGCAGAACCAGUUCAUCCAUGUCAGCCGAGUCCGUGCGGACCAUAUUCUGAGUGUAGAGAAGUGAAUGAUCGAGCUGUUUGUUCGUGCGUGUCGGGUAUGCUUGGUGCUCCACCAAACUGCCGUCCGGAAUGUGAAACUCAUCAAGAUUGUCCAUCAAAUCGCGCAUGUUUUGCUCAGAAAUGCAAAGAUCCGUGUGUUGGGUCUUGUGGCUUCAACGCACAAUGUGUUUCUCGUGACCAUCGCCCCGAAUGCUACUGUAUGGAAGGCUUCGAAGGUGACCCGUACACCGGAUGUAGUCCUAAAGUCAUCUACCGAGAUGAAAUUCUAGAACCAUGCAACCCGUCGCCAUGUGGAUCAAAUGCUAUCUGUAAAGAACGUAAUGGUGCUGGCUCUUGUACUUGCAUGCAAGACUAUUUUGGUGAUCCUUAUGUUAGUUGUAGACCUGAAUGCGUUCAGAAUUCAGACUGCCCGUACGAUAAAUCAUGCGUCAACACCAAGUGUGUCGAUCCAUGCAUAGGUACAUGUGGUCUGAACGCCGAAUGUCGUGUACAUAACCACGCCCCUACUUGCACGUGUGUCAAUGGAUUCGUGGGCAAUCCAUCACUUGCCUGUCACCUACUGGUUAUAGAAAAACCUAAAGACGAGCCUAUAGACCCUUGUCUACCAUCGCCAUGUGGGCCAUACAGUAUUUGUAGGGUAGUAAAUAACCACGCCGUUUGCUCAUGUCAGGACUUCUGUAACGGGACACCACCGAACUGUAGACCAGAGUGUAUGAUCAAUUCUGAGUGUUCUCGGGAUAAAUCAUGCAUCAACCAGCGUUGUGUUGAUCCUUGCCCUGGAACAUGCGGCGUAAACGCUAGAUGUCGUUCCGUUAAUCACAACCCGAUAUGUAGCUGCAAUCCAGGAUUUAUGGGUGAUCCUUUUGUCAGAUGUUCUCCUGAACCGACCAAACCUGUAAUACAAGAGGAAUAUCAAAACCCUUGUCAGCCAUCUCCAUGUGGUCCAAAUUCUAUAUGUCGGGUGCAAAGUAAUCGCGCAGUUUGCUCAUGUGUGCCCAAUUACAUUGGACGUCCGCCGAAUUGUCGACCAGAAUGUGUCGUCAACUCAGAAUGUCCUAUGCAACAGGCAUGUGUGAACGAAAAAUGUGUAGAUCCCUGUCGUGGAUCAUGUGGACCCAACGCCGAAUGUAGAGUCGUCUCACACAGACCCAUGUGCACAUGUUACCCAGAUUAUACGGGUGAUCCCUUCUCGGGUUGCAAUAGAAUACAAAUUACCUACGAACCACCACCUAUGCCGUGUAACCCAAACCCUUGUGGUGUCAAUGCUAUCUGCAGGGAACAUAAUGGAGCUGGUUCAUGUUCUUGUUUACCGGAAUACUUCGGUGACCCAUAUGUCGGUUGCAGGCCAGAAUGUGUCAUGAAUAGUGACUGCCCGAGAACACGAUCAUGUAUCAAUAGUAAAUGCGUUGAUCCCUGUCCAGGAACAUGUGGUAGUAAUGCCGAAUGCCAUGUCGUCAAUCAUUCGCCAUCUUGUACUUGCAUAGCCGGAUACAUUGGGAAUCCGUUCACGUCUUGUACACCUCAGCCCGAAAUUCGAGAAGAACCGAUCAAUCCAUGUCAGCCAUCACCUUGUGGGCCGAACAGCAUUUGUCGAGUGGUGAACAACCAUGCCGUAUGCUCUUGUGUCACGAACUAUAUCGGUGCUCCUCCAAAUUGUCGACCAGAGUGCGUCGUUAGUUCGGAGUGUCCUCUGGACAAGGCUUGUCUUGGACAGAAAUGUAAAGAUCCUUGUCCGGGUACAUGCGGGAUCAAUGCACGCUGCCAGGUUGUCAAUCAUAAUCCGAUUUGCAGUUGUAAGAACGGAUAUACCGGUGAUCCAUUCGUGCGAUGUGUGCCGGAAGAAAAACGGCCUGUUGUAAGCGAUCCUAUCAACCCAUGCCAACCGUCACCUUGUGGGCCCAAUUCACAGUGUAAGGCUGUUGGCAAUACAGCUGCUUGCUCAUGUCUUCCAAAUUAUGUUGGGCGUGCACCUAACUGCCGUCCAGAAUGUACGUCCAGUUCCCAAUGUUCACCAAUGCAAGCAUGUAUCAACGAGAAAUGCAAGGAUCCAUGCCCUGGAUCAUGCGGAACAUACGCAACUUGCGUGGUACAAAACCAUCAACCUAGUUGUAAAUGCUAUGAUGGAUACACCGGAGAUCCGUAUUCGGCAUGCAUGCCUACUCCAAUUCAACGCGAACCGGAACAUGUUGAUCCAUGCAAUCCUUCGCCAUGUGGAGUUAACGCUGAGUGCAAUGUGCGUAACAAUGCCGGUUCUUGCACUUGUUUGCCGGACUAUUUCGGAGAUCCGUACCACGAGUGCAGACCUGAAUGUGUCCUCAAUACCGACUGUCCAAAGACACGAUCUUGUUUGAAUAAUAAGUGCAAAGAUCCGUGCCCAGGCAUGUGUGGACUCAACGCCGAAUGCUUCGUUUCAAACCAUGCACCGACGUGCUCCUGUUUAUCAGGCUACACGGGUAAUCCAUCAGUUGCAUGCCACGAGAUUCCAAAAUCUGAUCCAGUUCCUAAAAAUCCUUGUCGGCCGUCCCCUUGUGGACCAUACAGUGAAUGCCGUGAAGUUAACAAUCAUGCGGUUUGUUCUUGCCAAAAGAAUUACAUCGGUACUCCACCAGCCUGCCGACCAGAAUGUACUGUAAGCUCAGAAUGUCCUCUGGAUAAGGCUUGCAUGCAUCAGAAAUGCGUUGAUCCAUGUCCUGGAACUUGCGGAUUAAACGCCCGAUGCAAUGUAAUAAACCACAACCCAAUAUGCAGUUGUUCUCCUGGAUUUACUGGCGAUCCUUUUGUUCGGUGCCUACCAGAAAAAAAAGACUUGGAACCCAAGGUACCCGAAAACCCAUGUGUACCAAAUCCAUGUGGUCCCAACUCGCAAUGUCGUGCAGUUGGAAAUGUCCCAGCGUGCUCUUGUCUACCUAACUACAUCGGACGUGCUCCAAACUGCCGACCAGAAUGCACCAUCAAUUCGGAAUGUCCUGGAAACCUUGCGUGCAUGAAUGAAAAAUGCCAAGACCCGUGCCCAGGUUCAUGUGGACCCAAUGCUAUCUGUAACGUGAUUAAACACUCUCCCGUAUGCUCCUGCUCGUCCGGCUAUACCGGUGAUCCCUUCUCUGGGUGUAUGACUAUUCCUCCUCCACCGAUACGGGACGAAAGACAAGAUCCCUGUAAUCCUUCGCCGUGUGGAUCAAAUGCAGUUUGUAAGGAACGUAACGGUGCUGGCUCUUGUACAUGUAUGCCGGAAUACUUUGGCGAUCCGUACAGUGGAUGCCGUCCGGAAUGUGUGACCAACAGCGAUUGUCCACGUAACAAGGCCUGUGUCAAUAACAAAUGCAAGGACCCAUGCCCAGGGGUGUGCGGUAUCAAUGCCGAAUGUUACGUGGUCAACCAUUCGCCUAGUUGCUCUUGUAUUUCGGGCUUUACUGGGGAUCCACUGUCCGCUUGUCACGAACCGAUUCCUCCGAAGCAAGACGAACCAAUCAAUCCGUGUUCGCCGUCUCCGUGCGGACCCAAUAGCAUAUGCCGCGAAAUCAACGGACACGCUGUUUGCUCUUGUCAGACUGGGUUCAUUGGGACUCCGCCUAGUUGUCGACCGGAAUGUGUCGUUAGCUCUGAAUGCGCCAUGGACAAGGCUUGCAUCAAUCAAAAAUGCCAAGACCCUUGUCCGGGAACAUGCGGACAGAACGCACGUUGUCAGAUCGUCAAUCAUAGCCCUAUAUGUAGCUGUUCUCCUGGCUUUACCGGGGAUCCCUUCAUUAGGUGUCUACCGGAAGAAAAACGCCCUGUGGUAUCUGAGCCUAUUGAUCCAUGUGUGCCGUCUCCCUGCGGACCAAACUCGCAGUGUCGAGCUGUUGGCAAUACGCCGGCUUGCUCUUGCCUUCCAAACUAUAUUGGUAGAGCACCCAACUGUCGACCGGAGUGUAUGAUAAACGCAGAAUGUCCGGCAAAUCUAGCCUGUGUAAACGAAAAAUGUAAAGAUCCUUGUGUAGGCUCCUGCGGCCUCAAUGCCAUUUGCACUGUAAUUAAGCACAACCCAGUCUGCGAAUGUCAGGCUGGAUUCACCGGAGAUCCAUUUUCAGUUUGCACAGAAGUCAUUCAGCGAGCCCCUGAACCUGUCAAUCCUUGCAAUCCAUCACCAUGUGGAGCUAAUGCCGUUUGUAAGGAACGAAAUGGCGCUGGAUCUUGCUCAUGUUUGCCAGAUUAUUUCGGUGACCCAUAUACCGGAUGUCGACCUGAAUGUGUACAAAACUCUGAUUGCGACAAAUUCCGAGCAUGCGUUAACAACAAAUGUAAGGAUCCUUGCCCUGGAGUUUGUGGAUUGAACGCGGAAUGUCGUGUUCAGAACCAUAGUCCACUUUGCUUCUGCUUGGAAGGAUACACCGGAGACCCAACAGCGGGUUGUUCAUACGAGGAACGAGUUACUGAAAGACCUAAAGAUUUAGGCUGCUCUCCAUCGCCUUGUGGUCCCAACAGUAACUGUCGAGAGGUGAAUGGCCAUCCGGUGUGUUCAUGUCAAUCGGGAUACAUUGGAACGCCGCCAUCCUGCCGACCGGAAUGCGUGGUCAGUUCGGAAUGUAGUCAAGACCGAGCAUGCGUUAAUCAGAAAUGUGUCGAUCCAUGCCCGGGUACUUGCGGAACGAACGCUCGUUGUCAAGUCGUAAACCACAAUCCGAUCUGCAGCUGUUCACCUGGAUUCACUGGAGAUCCGUUUAUUCGAUGUGUGAAGAAGGAAGUCGUACCAGUUGUGGCCGAUCCAAUCAACCCUUGCCUGCCAUCGCCAUGUGGACCUAAUUCACAGUGCCGAGUGGUGGGAACACAAGCUGCCUGCACGUGCCAACCGAACUACAUCGGUCGACCUCCAAACUGCCGUCCGGAGUGUACCAUCGAUGCCGAAUGUGCCAGUAAUCUGGCGUGCCAAAAUGAACGCUGUGUUGACCCGUGCCCUGGAGCAUGUGGAAGCAAUGCAUACUGCCAGGUAGUCAGCCAUCGCGCAGUUUGUACGUGCAGCGAUGGGUAUGAAGGUAACCCAUUGGUGCAAUGUGAUCGAUCGGUUCCACCAGUGACAGAACGGCUGACGCCGUGUACGCCAUCUCCGUGUGGACCCAAUGCCGAAUGCAGAGAAAGGAACAAUGCUGGAGCGUGUUAUUGCUUACCGAACUAUGAAGGAAACCCUUACGAUGUGUUCAGUGGGUGCCGAAGAGAAUGUGACGUGAACAGUGACUGUGCGGAGAAAUUGGCAUGUGUAAAUUACAAGUGCGUUGAUCCUUGUCCGGGAGUUUGCGGAGCCCAGGCACUUUGCGAAAUUGUGAACCACGUUCCAACAUGCGUCUGUCCAGAAGGAAUGAUUGGUGAUCCGUUUAGACUGUGUGUGCUCAAACAAGUAGAACCGACAUCUAGGGAUCCGCCAGUUUGCGAUCAGAACACUUGUGGACCAAACAGUAUUUGCCGCAUCCAGAAUGGUGUUGCAAUUUGCAAGUGCCAGCCGGAAAUGACCGGAAGCCCUCCAAACUGUAGACCAGAAUGUCAACUGAGCACUGAAUGCGAUUCGCAACGGGCCUGCGUAAAUUACAAAUGUAUCGAUCCAUGCCCGGGUUCAUGCGGACAGAACGCCAAGUGUCAAGUAAUCAACCACAACCCGAUCUGCAGUUGCAGUCCGGACUACACUGGCGAUCCGUUCUCGCGAUGCUACAAGGAAGUUCGUACGGAACGUCCACCAACGCCAUGCGUUCCAUCCCCAUGUGGACCAAAUUCCGAAUGUAAAGUGGUUGGCAGCAAGGAAGCCUGCUCGUGUCUACCGGAUUACAUCGGAACGCCGCCGAAUUGCCGUCCGGAGUGUGUGCUGAGCAACGAGUGCGCCCAGAAUCAGGCCUGCAUCCGGCAGAAGUGUACCGACCCAUGUCCGGGAUCAUGCGGCCUUAACGCGCGCUGCACAGUGAUCAAUCAUACGCCGAGCUGCUCCUGCGAGGAGGGAUACACGGGCGAUCCGUUUACCGGCUGCCAGUUCAUUCAAGCCGAUAUUCCCAAAGAGAAUCAGUCCCCUUGUGUGCCCAGCCCAUGUGGGGCCAAUGCCAUCUGUCGGGAACAGAACGGUGCCGGGUCGUGUACCUGCAUCGAGGAUCACUUCGGGAAUCCCUACGAAGGUUGUCGCCCCGAGUGUGUCUUGAAUUCGGAUUGUCCCACGAAUCGGGCCUGUAUUCGUAACCGCUGUCAGGAUCCUUGCCCCGGAACGUGCGGUCAAAGUGCCGAAUGCCAAGUUGUCAACCACCUACCCUCGUGUACCUGCAUCGAUGGAUACGAGGGAGAUCCCUUCCGAUAUUGCCAUGUCAAACAAAGAGAACCAAUUGUAAGUCAAAAUCCAUGUAUGCCAAGUCCGUGUGGUCCAAACAGUCAGUGCCGGGAAAUUAAUGAACAGGCCGUUUGCUCGUGCUUGCCCACGUACAUUGGAUCUCCUCCUGGGUGUAGACCGGAAUGUGUCACCAGUUCUGAAUGCUCUCUAGACAGAGCUUGCAUCAAUCAAAAGUGUGUCGAUCCUUGUCCGGGAACGUGUGCCGCAAAUGCACGAUGCAAUGUUAACAACCAUAGUCCGAUCUGCUCGUGCCGUUCAGGUUAUACAGGAGAUCCGUUCACGAGAUGUUACCCCAAUCCACGUAAGACCAUUCAACCCAUCAAACAUUCUCACGCUAAUUAUCAUUUUCAUAUCACAGCACCUCCACAAGAUACUCAAAUCGUUGUUCGAGAUCCUUGUGUUCCUUCGCCAUGUGGGCCUAAUUCGCAAUGUCGAAACAUCAAUGGAGUGCCAUCUUGUUCUUGUCUAGUCAACUACAUUGGCUCGCCGCCAAACUGCAGACCUGAUUGUACGAUCAACGCCGAAUGUCCAAGCAAUCAGGCUUGUAUGAAUGAGAAAUGCAGAGAUCCAUGUCCUGGAUCAUGCGGGAUUGGUGCCAGAUGCAACGUAAUUAAUCAUACACCGAUCUGCACCUGUGAAGCUGGAUAUACGGGUGAUCCAUUCACAAAUUGUUAUCCAGAACCACCACCAAGAGAACCAGUGAGAGAUGAUCCAUGCAAUCCCUCUCCUUGUGGACCGAAUGCGCAAUGUAACAAUGGAAUAUGCACAUGUUUACCAGAAUACCAGGGAGACCCGUACCAAGGAUGUCGACCUGAAUGUGUUCUGAACUCUGACUGUCCCCGUGAUAGAGCAUGCAUACGCAGCAAAUGUAUAGAUCCUUGUCCAGGAACGUGUGGACAAGACGCCUUGUGCGAAGUCAUCAACCAUAUUCCAAUGUGCAGUUGUCCAAAUGGAAUGUCUGGAAACGCCUUUGUUCAAUGUAGACCUCAACAGGCUCCACCAGUUAGCAACCCGUGCAAUCCAUCACCUUGUGGCCCAAACAGUCAAUGUCGAGAGAUUAACGGCCAAGCUGUAUGCUCUUGUGUACCUGGAUAUAUCGGAAGCCCACCAACGUGCCGCCCAGAAUGCGUUGUUAGCUCUGAAUGUCCACAAAAUCAGGCAUGUAACAAUCAAAAAUGCAGAGAUCCAUGUCCAGGAACCUGUGGCGUUGGGGCACGUUGCGCUGUCGUCAAUCAUAAUCCGAUCUGUAGUUGUCCUGAGAGAUAUACUGGAGAUCCAUUCAUCCGUUGUCAACCCAUAAUUGAACCUCCAGUUCAAAUGACCCCAGUCAAUCCAUGUCAACCAUCUCCAUGUGGUCCUAAUGCGGAAUGCCGACCUGUCGGCGAUUCUCCAUCGUGCACAUGCUUAGAUAACAUGAUUGGUUCACCUCCAAAUUGUCGACCAGAGUGCGUCAGUAACACCGAAUGUGCCAGCAAUCUGGCUUGUAUCCGUCAGAAGUGUCAAAAUCCAUGUGCGGGAGCUUGUGGGGCAAACGCUGAGUGUCGAGUCGUUAGCCAUACACCCAUGUGUAUUUGUUCGAUCGGAUUCACUGGUGAUCCGUUCACUCAGUGUGUGCCUGUUCAACAGGAUUCUCCAAGAGAACCGCCAUCGCCAUGUGUCCCUAGUCCAUGCGGGGCUAAUGCUAUUUGUAGAGAACGUAAUGGUGCCGGUUCAUGUGCAUGCAUCGACGAUCACUUUGGAAAUCCAUACGAAGGAUGCAGACCGGAGUGUGUUCUGAAUUCCGAUUGUCCUUCUAAUCGAGCAUGCGUUCGUAACAAAUGCCAGGAUCCAUGCCCAGGAACUUGCGGUCAAAAUGCGGAAUGUCAAGUUGUUAACCAUCUGCCAUCUUGCACAUGUCUCCAAGGAUAUGAAGGAGAUCCAUUCCGUUUUUGUAAUACACAACAAAGAGACCCCAUUCAACAAUAUGUGAACCCAUGUCAACCAAGCCCAUGUGGUCCAAAUAGUCAGUGUCGUGAGAUAAAUGGUCAGGGCGUUUGCUCGUGCCUGCUCACAUAUAUCGGAUCUCCGCCUGGAUGUCGACCGGAAUGUGUAACCAGUUCUGAAUGUUCGCUGGAUAAGGCAUGCAUCAAUCAAAAAUGUGUUGACCCUUGUCCAGGAACAUGUGGAACCAAUGCAAGAUGUAAUGUUAACAAUCAUAGUCCGAUCUGUUCAUGCCAAUCUGGUUACACUGGAGAUCCAUUCACGAGAUGCUACCCUAACCCACCGCCACCUCAAGAUACCCAAAUCAUUGUCCGAGAUCCGUGCGUUCCUUCACCAUGUGGACCAAAUUCACAAUGUCGAAACAUCAAUGGAGUGCCAUCUUGUUCUUGUCUAGUUAACUACAUUGGCUCGCCGCCAAACUGUAGACCUGAAUGUACCAUCAGCGCGGAAUGUCCAAGUAAUCAAGCCUGUAUGAACGAGAAAUGCAGAGAUCCAUGUCCUGGAUCAUGCGGAGUUGGUGCCAGAUGCAACGUCAUCAAUCAUACACCGACCUGCACCUGUGAGUCUGGAUAUACGGGUGAUCCAUUCACUAACUGUUAUCCAGAACCACCACCAAGAGAACCAGUGCGAGAUGAUCCAUGCAAUCCCUCUCCUUGUGGUCCGAAUGCGCAGUGCAACAAUGGAAUCUGCACAUGUUUACCAGAGUACCAGGGAGACCCAUACCAAGGAUGUCGACCGGAAUGUGUUCUGAACUCCGAUUGUCCACGUGAUAGAGCCUGCAUACGCAGCAAGUGUUUCGAUCCUUGUCCAGGAACCUGUGGACAGGAUGCCUUGUGCGAAGUCAUCAACCAUAUUCCAAUGUGCAGCUGUCCAAAUGGUAUGGCCGGAAACGCCUUUGUGCAAUGUAGACCUCAACAGGCUCCACCAGUUAGCAACCCGUGCAAUCCAUCCCCUUGUGGUCCAAACAGUCAAUGUCGGGAGAUUAACGGCCAAGCUGUAUGUUCUUGUGUACCUGGAUUCAUCGGAAGCCCACCAAUGUGCCGCCCAGAAUGCGUUGUUAGUUCUGAAUGUCCACAGAAUCAAGCCUGCAACAACCAAAAAUGCAGAGAUCCAUGUCCAGGAACAUGUGGCGUCGGAGCACGUUGCUCUGUUGUAAAUCACAACCCGAUCUGCAGCUGUCCUGAGAGAUACACAGGAGAUCCAUUCAUUCGUUGUCAACCCAUAAUUGAACCCCCAGUUCAAAUGACCCCUGUCAAUCCAUGCCAACCUUCUCCAUGUGGUCCAAACGCAGAAUGUCGACCCAUCGGAGAUUCUCCAUCAUGUACAUGUUUGGAUAAUAUGAUUGGUUCACCUCCCAACUGUCGGCCUGAAUGUGUCAGUUAUUCUGAAUGUGCCAGUAACCUCGCCUGUAUUCGGCAGAAAUGUCAAGACCCGUGUACGGGUGCUUGUGGAGCAAACGCUGAAUGUCGCGUCGUUAGCCACACGCCCAUGUGUAUCUGUUCGAUAGGAUUCACUGGGGAUCCAUUCACUCAGUGUGUGCCUGUUCAACAGGACGUACCGAGGGAACCAACAUCGCCAUGCAUUCCAAGCCCAUGUGGAGCCAAUGCCAUUUGUAGAGAACAGAAUGGCGCCGGAUCAUGUACUUGUAUUGAGGAUCACUUUGGAAAUCCAUACGAAGGUUGCCGACCGGAAUGUGUUCUUAACUCUGAUUGUCCUUCAAACCGAGCAUGCGUUCGAAAUAAAUGUCAGGAUCCAUGUCCGGGAACAUGUGGUCAAAAUGCGGACUGUCAAGUUGUAAACCAUUUGCCUUCAUGCACAUGUAUUUCAGGAUAUGAAGGGGAUCCUUUCCGAUACUGUAAUGUCCAACAACGUGAACCCAUCCAACAAUAUGUGAACCCAUGUCAACCAAGUCCAUGUGGUCCAAAUAGUCAGUGUCGUGAAAUCAACGGACAGGCCGUUUGCUCGUGCUUGCCCACAUACAUCGGAACCCCUCCUGGAUGUCGCCCAGAAUGUGUUACAAGCUCAGAAUGCUCUCUGGAUAAGGCGUGCGUCAAUCAAAAGUGUAUUGAUCCUUGUCCAGGAACGUGUGGAACCAAUGCCAGAUGCAAUGUUAACAACCAUAGUCCGAUCUGUUCAUGCCAAUCUGGCUAUACAGGAGAUCCAUUCACACGUUGCUACCCCAAUCCACCGCCACCACAGGAUACCCAAGUCGUUGUCCGAGAUCCAUGCAUACCUUCACCAUGUGGGCCUAAUUCGCAAUGUCGUAAUAUCAACGGAGUGCCAUCCUGUUCUUGCCUGGUCAAUUAUAUUGGAGCCCCUCCAAAUUGCAGGCCUGAAUGUACGAUCAAUGCCGAAUGUCCUAGCAAUCAGGCUUGUAUGAACGAAAAAUGCAGAGAUCCAUGUCCUGGAUCAUGCGGAAUUGGUGCCAGAUGCAACGUAAUUAAUCAUACACCGAUCUGCACCUGUGAGGCUGGAUAUACAGGUGAUCCAUUCACAAAUUGUUAUCCUGAACCACCGCCAAGAGAACCAGUGCGGGAUGAUCCAUGCAAUCCAUCUCCUUGUGGACCGAAUGCGCAGUGCAACAAUGGAAUCUGCACAUGUUUACCAGAGUACCAGGGAGACCCAUACCAAGGAUGUCGACCUGAAUGUGUUCUGAACUCUGACUGUCCCCGUGAUAGAGCCUGCAUACGCAGCAAGUGUAUUGAUCCUUGUCCAGGAACGUGUGGACAAGAUGCCUUGUGCGAAGUUAUCAACCAUAUUCCAAUGUGCAGUUGUCCAAAUGGAAUGUCUGGAAAUGCAUUCGUACAAUGCAGACCGCAACAGGCUCCACCAGUUAGUAAUCCAUGCAAUCCAUCACCUUGCGGCCCCAAUAGUCAAUGUCGGGAGAUCAACGGCCAAGCUGUAUGCUCUUGUGUGCCUGGAUUCAUUGGGAGUCCACCAAUGUGUCGUCCAGAAUGCGUCGUGAGCUCAGAGUGUCCACAAAAUCAAGCCUGUAACAACCAAAAAUGUAGAGAUCCGUGCCCUGGAACCUGUGGCGUUGGAGCACGCUGCUCAGUAGUCAACCAUAAUCCAAUUUGCAGUUGCCCAGAUCGAUAUACUGGCGAUCCAUUUAUUCGUUGUCAACCUAUAGUUGAGCCCCCCGUACAAAUGAUCCAAGUCAAUCCUUGUCAACCAUCCCCAUGUGGGUCGAAUGCUGAGUGUAGAGCAAUUGGAGACUCCCCAUCUUGCACUUGUCUUCAAGAUAUGAUUGGUUCGCCUCCUAAUUGUCGACCUGAGUGUAUCAGUAAUUCAGAAUGUGCCUAUAACCUUGCGUGCAUCCGUCAAAAAUGUCUAAAUCCCUGUGAAGGAGCCUGCGGAAAUAACGCAGAAUGUAGAGUAGUCAGUCAUACACCCAUGUGCAUAUGUUCAGUAGGAUUUACAGGAGAUCCAUUUACGCAAUGCUCACCAGUUCAACAAGACAUUUCUCGGGAACCAAUUUCACCUUGUACCCCAAGUCCUUGUGGUGCAAACGCUGUCUGUAAGGAACAAAAUGGAGCUGGGUCGUGUACAUGCAUGGAAGAUCACUUCGGCAACCCUUACGAAGGAUGCCGACCAGAGUGUGUAUUGAAUUCUGACUGUCCAUCCAACAGAGCAUGUAUUCGCAACAAAUGCCAAGAUCCAUGCCCGGGAACGUGUGGACAAAAUGCCGAAUGUCAAGUUGUUAACCAUCUACCAUCGUGUACAUGCUGGACAGGGUACGAGGGAGAUCCAUUUAGAUUCUGCAACGUGCAACAACGCGAACCAAUUCAACAAUAUGUGAACCCAUGUCAACCAAGUCCAUGUGGUCCGAAUAGUCAGUGCCGUGAGAUUAACGGUCAGGGCGUUUGCUCGUGCCUGCCGACAUAUAUAGGAUCACCUCCUGGAUGUCGACCGGAAUGUGUAACAAGCUCUGAAUGUACUCUGGAUAAGGCAUGCGUCAAUCAAAAAUGUGUUGACCCUUGCACAGGAACAUGCGGAACCAAUGCUAGAUGUAAUGUUAACAACCAUAGUCCAAUCUGCUCGUGCCAAUCUGGCUACACAGGAGAUCCAUUCACACGUUGCUACCCCAAUCCACCACCUCCACAAGAUACUCAAAUCGUAGUACGAGAUCCUUGCGUUCCUUCGCCAUGUGGACCAAACUCACAAUGUCGAAAUGUCAAUGGAGUGCCAUCCUGUUCUUGUCUAGUCAACUAUAUUGGUUCGCCGCCAAACUGUAGACCUGAAUGUACCAUCAGCGCGGAAUGUCCAAGUAAUCAAGCCUGCAUGAACGAGAAAUGCAGAGAUCCAUGUCCUGGAUCAUGCGGAAUUGGUGCCAGAUGCAACGUCAUCAAUCAUACACCGAUCUGUACCUGUGAGGCUGGAUAUACGGGUGAUCCGUUCACAAAUUGUUAUCCUGAACCACCGCCAAGAGAACCAGUGCGGGAUGAUCCAUGCAAUCCAUCUCCUUGUGGACCAAAUGCGCAGUGCAGCAAUGGAAUCUGCACAUGUUUACCAGAGUACCAGGGAGACCCGUACCAAGGAUGUCGACCUGAAUGUGUUCUGAACUCUGACUGUUCACGUGAUAGAGCCUGCAUACGCAGCAAAUGUAUAGAUCCUUGUCCAGGAACGUGUGGACAAGAUGCCUUGUGCGAAGUCAUCAACCAUAUUCCAAUGUGCAGCUGUCCAAAUGGAAUGGCCGGAAACGCCUUUGUGCAAUGUAGACCUCAACAGGCUCCACCAGUUAGCAACCCGUGCAAUCCAUCACCUUGCGGUCCAAACAGCCAAUGUCGGGAGAUUAACGGCCAAGCUGUAUGCUCUUGUGUGCCUGGAUAUAUUGGAAGCCCUCCAACAUGUAGACCGGAAUGCGUUGUUAGCUCUGAAUGUCCACAGAAUCAGGCUUGCAACAACCAAAAAUGCAGAGAUCCAUGCCCAGGAACAUGUGGCGUCGGAGCACGUUGCUCUGUUGUAAAUCAUAACCCGAUCUGCAGCUGUCCUGAACGAUACACUGGAGAUCCAUUCAUUCGUUGUCAACCCAUAAUUGAACCCCCAGUUCAAAUGACCCCUGUCAAUCCAUGCCAACCAUCUCCAUGUGGUCCAAACGCCGAAUGCCGACCCGUUGGUGAUUCUCCAUCAUGCACAUGUUUGGAUAAUAUGAGUGGUUCACCUCCCAACUGUCGACCUGAAUGUGUCAGUAAUUCAGAAUGUGCCAGUAACCUCGCCUGUAUUCGGCAGAAAUGUCAAGACCCGUGUACGGGAGCUUGUGGAGCAAACGCUGAAUGUCGAGUCGUUAGCCAUACGCCCAUGUGUAUCUGUUCGAUAGGAUUCACUGGGGAUCCAUUCACUCAGUGUGUGCCUGUUCAACAGGACGUCUCGAGAGAACCAACAUCACCAUGCACUCCAAGUCCAUGUGGAGCCAAUGCCGUUUGUAGAGAACAGAAUGGCGCCGGAUCAUGUACUUGUAUUGAGGAUCACUUUGGAAAUCCAUACGAAGGUUGCCGACCGGAAUGUGUUCUUAACUCUGAUUGUCCUUCAAACCGAGCAUGCGUUCGAAAUAAAUGCCAGGACCCAUGUCCGGGAACCUGCGGUCAAAAUGCGGAAUGCCAGGUUGUCAACCAUCUUCCUUCGUGUACAUGUAUUGGUGGAUAUGAAGGCGAUCCAUUCAGAUACUGUAGCAUUCAACAAAGAGAACCUGUUCAACAAUAUGUCAACCCAUGUCAACCAAGUCCAUGUGGUCCAAAUAGUCAGUGCCGUGAGAUAAAUGGGCAGGGCGUUUGCUCGUGCUUGCCCACAUACAUUGGAUCUCCUCCUGGAUGUCGCCCGGAAUGUGUCACCAGUUCUGAAUGCUCUCUGGAUAAGGCGUGCGUCAAUCAAAAAUGUGUUGACCCUUGCCCAGGAACAUGUGGAACAAACGCCAGAUGUAAUGUUAACAACCAUAGUCCGAUCUGCUCGUGCCAAUCUGGCUACACCGGAGAUCCAUUUACACGUUGCUACCCCAAUCCAUCGCCCCCUCAAGAUACUCAAAUCGUAGUACGAGAUCCCUGCGUUCCUUCGCCAUGUGGACCAAACUCACAAUGUCGAAACAUCAAUGGAGUGCCAUCCUGUUCUUGUCUAGUCAACUACAUAGGCUCGCCGCCAAACUGUAGACCUGAAUGUACCAUCAACGCGGAAUGUCCAAGUAAUCAAGCUUGUAUGAACGAGAAAUGCAGAGAUCCAUGUCCUGGAUCAUGCGGAGUUGGUGCUAGAUGCAACGUCAUCAAUCAUACACCGAUCUGCACCUGUGAGGCUGGAUAUACGGGUGAUCCGUUCACAAAUUGUUAUCCUGAACCACCGCCAAGAGAACCAGUGCGGGAUGAUCCAUGCAAUCCAUCUCCUUGUGGACCGAAUGCGCAGUGCAACAAUGGAAUCUGCACAUGUUUACCAGAGUACCAGGGAGACCCGUACCAAGGAUGUCGACCUGAAUGUGUUCUGAACUCUGACUGUCCACGUGAUAGAGCCUGCAUACGCAGCAAAUGUAUUGAUCCUUGUCCAGGAACGUGUGGACAAGAUGCCUUGUGCGAAGUCAUCAACCAUAUUCCAAUGUGCAGCUGUCCAAAUGGAAUGGCCGGAAACGCCUUUGUUCAAUGUAGACCUCAACAGGCUCCACCAGUUAGCAACCCGUGCAAUCCAUCACCUUGCGGUCCAAACAGCCAAUGUCGGGAGAUUAACGGCCAAGCUGUAUGCUCUUGUGUGCCUGGAUAUAUUGGAAGCCCUCCAACAUGUAGACCGGAAUGCGUUGUUAGCUCUGAAUGUCCACAGAAUCAGGCUUGCAACAACCAAAAAUGCAGAGAUCCAUGCCCAGGAACAUGUGGCGUCGGAGCACGUUGCUCUGUUGUAAAUCAUAACCCGAUCUGCAGCUGUCCUGAACGAUACACUGGAGAUCCAUUCAUUCGUUGUCAACCCAUAAUUGAACCCCCAGUUCAAAUGACCCCUGUCAAUCCAUGCCAACUAUCUCCAUGUGGUCCAAACGCCGAAUGCCGACCCGUUGGUGAUUCUCCAUCAUGUACAUGUUUGGAUAAUAUGAUUGGUUCACCUCCCAACUGUCGACCUGAAUGUGUCAGUAAUUCUGAAUGUGCCAGUAACCUCGCCUGUAUUCGGCAGAAAUGCCAAGACCCGUGUACGGGAGCUUGUGGAGCAAACGCUGAAUGUCGCGUCGUUAGCCAUACGCCCAUGUGUAUCUGUUCGAUAGGAUUCACUGGGGAUCCAUUCACUCAGUGUGUGCCUGUUCAACAGGACGUACCGAGGGAACCAACAUCGCCAUGCAUUCCAAGCCCAUGUGGAGCCAAUGCCAUUUGUAGAGAACAGAAUGGCGCCGGAUCAUGUACUUGUAUUGAGGAUCACUUCGGAAAUCCAUACGAAGGAUGCAGACCGGAGUGCGUUCUGAACUCCGACUGUCCUUCAAACCGCGCAUGCGUUCGGAACAAGUGCCAAGAUCCAUGCCCGGGAACCUGCGGUCAGAAUGCAGAAUGUCAGGUUGUCAACCAUCUUCCUUCGUGUACAUGUAUUGGCGGAUAUGAAGGCGAUCCAUUCAGAUUCUGUAGCAUUCAGCAAAGAGAACCUAUUCAACAAUAUGUGAACCCAUGUCAACCAAGUCCAUGUGGUCCAAACAGUCAGUGUCGUGAAAUCAACGGACAAGCCGUUUGCUCAUGCUUGCCCACAUACAUUGGAUCUCCUCCUGGAUGUCGCCCAGAAUGCGUCACAAGUUCUGAAUGUUCGCUGGAUAAGGCAUGCGUCAAUCAAAAAUGUGUUGACCCUUGUCCAGGAACGUGUGGAACCAAUGCCAGAUGCAAUGUUAACAACCAUAGUCCGAUCUGCUCGUGCCAGUCUGGCUACACUGGAGAUCCGUUCACACGUUGCUACCCCAAUCCACCUCCUCCACAAGAUACCCAAGUCGUUGUCCGAGAUCCGUGCGUUCCUUCACCAUGUGGACCAAACUCACAAUGUCGAAACAUCAAUGGAGUGCCAUCCUGUUCUUGUCUAGUCAACUACAUUGGAUCGCCGCCAAACUGCAGACCUGAAUGUACGAUCAACGCGGAAUGUCCAAGUAAUCAAGCCUGCAUGAACGAGAAAUGCAGAGAUCCAUGUCCUGGAUCAUGCGGAGUUGGUGCUAGAUGUAAUGUCAUCAAUCAUACACCGAUCUGUACCUGUGAGGCUGGAUAUACGGGUGACCCGUUCACUAACUGUUAUCCUGAACCACCGCCAAGAGAACCAGUGCGGGAUGAUCCAUGCAAUCCAUCUCCUUGUGGACCAAAUGCGCAGUGCAACAAUGGAAUCUGCACAUGUCUACCAGAGUACCAGGGAGACCCGUACCAAGGAUGUCGACCUGAAUGUGUUCUGAACUCUGACUGUCCACGUGAUAGAGCCUGCAUACGCAGCAAAUGUAUAGAUCCUUGUCCAGGAACGUGUGGACAAGAUGCCUUGUGCGAAGUCAUCAACCAUAUUCCAAUAUGCAGCUGUCCAAAUGGAAUGGCCGGAAACGCCUUUGUGCAAUGUAGACCUCAACAGGCUCCACCAGUUAGCAACCCGUGCAAUCCAUCACCUUGCGGUCCAAACAGCCAAUGUCGGGAGAUUAACGGCCAAGCUGUAUGCUCUUGUGUGCCUGGAUAUAUUGGAAGCCCUCCAACAUGUAGACCGGAAUGCGUUGUUAGCUCUGAAUGUCCACAGAAUCAAGCCUGCAACAAUCAAAAAUGCAGAGAUCCAUAUCCAGGAACCUGUGGAGUUGGAGCACGUUGCUCUGUCGUAAAUCAUAACCCGAUCUGUAGUUGCCCUGAAAAACAUACCGGAGAUCCAUUCAUUCGUUGUCAACAAAUCAUUGAACCUCCAGUUCAAAUGGCUCCUUUCAAUCCAUGCCAACCUUCUCCAUGUGGACCAAACGCCGAAUGCCGAUCGGUUGGUGAUUCUCCAUCCUGUACUUGUUUGUCUGAAAUGAUUGGAUCACCACCAAACUGCCGCCCUGAGUGUAUUAGUAACUCAGAGUGUUCAAGCAACCUUGCGUGUAUUCGCCAAAAGUGUCAAAAUCCAUGUAUUGGUGCUUGUGGAGCAAAUGCUGAAUGCCGUGUUGUUAGCCAUGUUCCAAUGUGCAUAUGUUCUAUUGGAUACACUGGUGAUCCAUUCACCCAAUGUAUACAAGUUCAACAGGAUGUACCUCGAGAACCACUUUCCCCAUGCAUUCCAAGCCCUUGUGGAGCCAACGCUGUAUGCCGAGAACAAAACGGCGCUGGAUCAUGUACUUGCAUGGAGGAUCACUUUGGAAAUCCGUAUGAGGGAUGCCGUCCAGAGUGUGUCGUUAAUUCUGACUGCCCUUCGAAUCGAGCAUGCGUUCGCAACAAAUGUCAAGAUCCGUGUCCGGGAACGUGUGGUCAAAACGCACAAUGCCAAGUUGUGAAUCAUCUACCAUCUUGCACAUGUAACGAUGGCUUCCAAGGGGAUCCAUUCAGGUUCUGUGCUAUUCAGCAACGAGAUCCUGAACCAGUUUAUAAAAAUCCGUGUCAACCAAAUCCAUGUGGUCCAAAUAGUCAGUGUCGUGAAAUUAACGGACAGGCCGUUUGCUCGUGCUUGCCCACAUACAUUGGAUCUCCGCCUGGAUGUCGACCGGAAUGUGUAACCAGUUCUGAGUGUUCGCUGGAUAAGGCAUGCGUCAAUCAAAAAUGUGUUGACCCUUGUCCAGGAACAUGUGGAACCAAUGCCAGAUGUAAUGUUAACAAUCAUAGUCCAAUCUGUUCAUGCCAAUCUGGUUACACUGGAGAUCCGUUCACGAGAUGCUACCCUAACCCACCGCCACCUCAAGAUACCCAAAUCAUUGUCCGAGAUCCGUGCGUACCUUCGCCAUGUGGACCAAAUUCACAAUGUCGAAACAUCAAUGGAGUGCCAUCCUGUUCUUGUCUAGUCAACUAUAUUGGAUCACCGCCGAACUGUAGACCUGAGUGCUCUAUAAAUGCCGAAUGUCCAAGUAAUCAAGCCUGCAUGAACGAGAAAUGCAGAGAUCCAUGUCCAGGAUCAUGUGGAGUUGGUGCCAGGUGCAACGUCAUCAAUCAUACGCCAAUCUGCACCUGUGAGGCUGGAUAUACGGGUGAUCCGUUCACAAAUUGUUAUCCAGAACCACCACCAAGAGAACCAGUGCGAGAUGAUCCAUGCAAUCCAUCUCCUUGUGGUCCGAAUGCGCAGUGCAACGAUGGAAUCUGCACAUGUCUACCAGAGUACCAAGGAGACCCAUACCAAGGAUGCCGACCGGAAUGUGUUCUGAACUCUGACUGCCCACGUGAUAGAGCCUGCAUACGCAGCAAAUGUAUUGAUCCUUGUCCAGGGACGUGUGGACAAGAUGCCUUGUGCGAAGUCAUCAACCAUAUUCCAAUGUGCAGCUGUCCAAAUGGUAUGGCCGGAAACGCCUUUGUGCAAUGCAGACCUCAACAGGCUCCACCAGUUAGCAACCCGUGCAAUCCAUCCCCUUGUGGUCCAAACAGUCAAUGUCGGGAGAUUAACGGCCAAGCUGUAUGUUCUUGUGUACCUGGAUUCAUCGGAAGCCCACCAACGUGCCGCCCAGAAUGCGUUGUUAGUUCUGAAUGUCCACAGAAUCAAGCCUGCAACAACCAAAAAUGCAGAGAUCCAUGUCCAGGAACAUGUGGCGUCGGAGCACGUUGCUCUGUUGUGAAUCACAACCCGAUCUGCAGCUGUCCUGAGAGAUACACAGGAGAUCCAUUCAUUCGUUGUCAACCCAUAAUUGAACCCCCAGUUCAAAUGACCCCUGUCAAUCCAUGCCAACCAUCUCCAUGUGGUCCAAACGCCGAAUGCCGACCCGUUGGUGAUUCUCCAUCUUGCACUUGUUUGGAUAACAUGAUUGGUUCACCUCCAAAUUGUCGUCCUGAGUGUGUCAGUAAUUCUGAAUGUGCUAGCAAUCUCGCCUGUAUUCGACAGAAGUGUCAAGAUCCGUGUACGGGAGCUUGUGGAUCAAACGCUGAGUGUCGAGUCGUCAGUCAUACGCCCAUGUGCAUUUGCUCGAUCGGGUUCACAGGGGAUCCGUUCACUCAGUGUGUGCCUGUUCAACAGGAUGUCCCGAGGGAUCCAAUUUCACCAUGCAUACCAAGUCCGUGCGGUGCCAAUGCCGUGUGCAGAGAGCAAAACGGUGCAGGGUCAUGUAUUUGUGUUGAUGAUCAUUUUGGAAAUCCAUACGAAGGGUGCAGACCGGAAUGUGUUUUGAAUUCUGACUGCCCUUCAAACCGCGCAUGCGUUCGAAAUAAAUGUCAGGAUCCAUGUCCGGGAACGUGUGGUCAAAAUGCGGACUGUCAAGUGGUCAACCAUUUACCGUCUUGCACCUGUUUUAAUGGAUACGAAGGCGAUCCAUUCAAAUAUUGCAACAUCCAGCAAAGAGAACCUGUUCAACAAUAUGUGAACCCAUGUCAACCAAGCCCAUGUGGUCCAAACAGUCAGUGUCGUGAGAUAAAUGGUCAGGGCGUUUGCUCGUGCUUGCCCACAUAUAUCGGAUCUCCUCCUGGAUGUCGACCGGAAUGUGUAACCAGUUCUGAAUGUUCGCUGGAUAAGGCAUGCGUCAAUCAAAAGUGUGUUGAUCCUUGUCCAGGAACAUGCGGAACCAAUGCUAGAUGCAAUGUUAACAACCAUAGUCCGAUCUGCUCGUGCCAAUCUGGCUACACAGGAGAUCCGUUCACACGUUGCUACCCUAAUCCACCGCCCCCACAAGAUACCCAAAUCGUUGUCCGAGAUCCUUGCGUUCCUUCACCAUGUGGACCAAACUCACAAUGUCGAAACAUCAAUGGAGUGCCAUCCUGUUCUUGUCUAGUCAACUACAUUGGUUCGCCGCCGAACUGUAGACCUGAAUGUACCAUCAGCGCGGAAUGUCCAAGUAAUCAAGCCUGCAUGAACGAGAAAUGCAGAGAUCCAUGUCCUGGAUCAUGCGGAGUUGGUGCCAGAUGCAACGUCAUCAAUCAUACACCGAUCUGUACCUGUGAGGCUGGAUAUACGGGUGACCCGUUCACUAACUGUUAUCCUGAACCACCGCCAAGAGAACCAGUGCGAGAUGAUCCAUGCAAUCCAUCUCCUUGUGGACCAAAUGCGCAGUGCAACAAUGGAAUCUGCACAUGUUUACCAGAGUACCAGGGAGACCCAUACCAAGGAUGUCGACCUGAAUGUGUGCUGAAUUCCGAUUGUCCACGUGACAGAGCCUGCAUACGCAGCAAAUGUAUUGAUCCUUGUCCAGGAACCUGUGGACAGGAUGCCUUGUGCGAAGUCAUCAACCAUAUUCCAAUGUGCAGCUGUCCAAAUGGUAUGGCCGGAAACGCCUUUGUGCAAUGUAGACCUCAACAGGCUCCACCAGUUAGCAACCCGUGCAAUCCAUCCCCUUGUGGUCCAAACAGUCAAUGUCGAGAGAUUAACGGCCAAGCUGUAUGCUCUUGUGUGCCUGGAUUUAUUGGAAGUCCGCCAACGUGUAGACCGGAAUGCGUCGGUAGCUCUGAAUGUCCACAGAGUCAAGCCUGCAACAAUCAAAAAUGCAGAGAUCCAUGUCCAGGAACUUGUGGCGUCGGAGCACGUUGCUCUGUUGUAAAUCAUAACCCGAUCUGCAGCUGUCCUGAGAGAUACACAGGAGAUCCAUUCAUUCGUUGUCAACCUAUAAUUGAACCCCCAGUUCAAAUGACCCCUGUCAAUCCAUGCCAACCUUCUCCAUGUGGUUCAAACGCAGAAUGCCGACCCAUCGGAGAUUCUCCAUCAUGUACAUGUUUGGAUAAUAUGAUUGGUUCACCUCCCAACUGUCGACCUGAAUGUAUCAGUAAUUCUGAAUGUGCCAGUAACCUCGCCUGUAUUCGACAGAAGUGUCAAGACCCGUGUACGGGAGCUUGUGGAGCAAACGCUGAAUGUCGAGUCGUUAGCCAUACGCCCAUGUGUAUCUGUUCGAUAGGAUUCACUGGGGAUCCAUUCACUCAGUGUGUGCCUGUUCAACAGGACGUACCGAGGGAACCAACAUCGCCAUGCACUCCAAGUCCGUGCGGUGCCAAUGCCAUGUGCAGAGAACAAAGUGGUGCUGGAUCGUGUACUUGUAUUGAGGAUCACUUCGGAAAUCCAUAUGAAGGUUGUCGGCCGGAAUGCGUUUUUAGCUCAGACUGCCCGUCAAACCGAGCAUGCGUUCGAAACAAAUGCCAAGACCCAUGUCCGGGAACCUGUGGCCAAAAUGCGGAGUGUCAAGUCGUUAACCAUCUACCGUCUUGCACCUGCUUUAGUGGAUAUGAAGGAGAUCCUUUCAAAUAUUGCAACGCUAAACAAAGAGAACCGCAAGUAUACGUGAAUCCAUGUCAACCAAGCCCAUGUGGUCCAAACAGUCAGUGCCGCGAGAUAAAUGGGCAGGGCGUUUGCUCGUGCUUGCCCACAUAUAUCGGAUCUCCUCCUGGAUGUCGACCGGAAUGUGUAACCAGCUCUGAAUGUUCUCUGGAUAAGGCUUGUGUCAAUCAAAAAUGUGUCGACCCUUGCCCAGGAACAUGUGGAACCAAUGCUAGAUGUAAUGUUAAUAACCAUAGUCCGAUCUGCUCGUGCCAAUCUGGCUACACAGGAGAUCCGUUCACACGUUGCUACCCUAAUCCACCACCUCCGCAAGAUACCCCAGUCGUUGUCCGAGAUCCUUGCGUUCCUUCGCCAUGUGGACCCAAUGCACAAUGUCGCAAUGUCAAUGGAGUGCCAUCCUGUUCUUGUCUGGUUAAUUAUAUUGGAGCCCCACCAAACUGCAGACCUGAAUGUACAAUCAAUGCAGAGUGUCCAAGUAAUCAAGCCUGCAUGAAUGAAAAAUGCAGAGAUCCAUGUCCUGGAUCAUGCGGAGUUGGUGCCAGAUGCAACGUUAUCAAUCAUACGCCAAUCUGUACCUGUGAGGCUGGAUAUACGGGUGAUCCGUUCACAAAUUGUUAUCCUGAACCACCCCCAAGAGAACCAGAAAGAGAUGACCCAUGCAAUCCGUCUCCUUGCGGAUCGAACGCGCAGUGCAACAAUGGAAUCUGCACAUGUUUACCAGAGUAUCAAGGAGACCCAUACCAAGGAUGUCGACCUGAAUGUGUCCUAAACACUGAUUGCCCACGUGAUAAAGCCUGCAUACGCAGCAAAUGUGUUGAUCCUUGUCCAGGAACUUGUGGUCAAAAUGCUGUAUGUGAGGUUUUAAGCCAUAUACCCAUAUGUAGCUGUCCAAAUGGAAUGGCCGGUAAUGCUUUCGUUCAGUGUAGACCUCAGCAGGAUCCACCAGUCACCAACCCGUGCAACCCAUCUCCUUGCGGCCCGAACAGUCAAUGUAGAGAAAUAAAUGGACAAGCAGUUUGCUCAUGUGUUCCUGGAUUCAUUGGAAGUCCACCAGCCUGUAGACCGGAAUGUGUUGUUAGUUCCGAGUGUGCACAGAACCAAGCUUGCAGCAACCAGAAAUGCAGAGAUCCUUGUCCUGGAACCUGUGGAGUUGGAGCGCAUUGUACGGUUGUAAACCACAGUCCUAUUUGUAGUUGUCCUGACCGUUAUACGGGAGACCCAUUCGUAAGAUGCCAACCAAUACUUGAAACUCCUGUUCAAAUGACACCAAAAAAUCCAUGCCAACCGAAUCCAUGUGGACCAAAUGCCGAAUGCAGAACUGUUGGCGACUUGCCGUCUUGUACAUGUUUGGAUGCGAUGAUAGGAGCUCCUCCAAAUUGUCGACCCGAAUGUGUUAAUAAUGCGGAAUGCUCCAAUCACCUUGCAUGUAUUCGACGUAAAUGUCAAGACCCAUGUGCCGGAGCAUGCGGAGUGAAUUCAGAGUGCCAAGUUGUCAGCCACACUCCCAACUGCAUUUGUUCCGUUGGUUUCACCGGUGAUCCAUUCACGCAGUGUUUGCCCGUGCAGCAAGAUAUUCCAAGAGAACAAACUUCACCUUGUCUGCCGAACCCCUGCGGAUCCAACGCUAUCUGUAGAGAACAAAACGGUGCCGGAGCUUGUACAUGCAUCGAGAACUACUAUGGAAACCCAUACGAAGGAUGUAGACCAGAAUGCGUUCUGAACUCAGAUUGCCCGUCGAACAGAGCCUGUGUCAGUAGCAAGUGCAAGGAUCCUUGUCCUGGUACUUGUGGACAAAACGCCGAAUGUCAAGUGGUGAAUCAUUUACCGUCCUGUACUUGUUUCGUUGGCUAUGAGGGUGAUCCGUUCAGAUAUUGUAACGUCAUGCAAAGAGAACCUAUUAAAGAAUAUGUCAAUCCGUGUCAACCUAAUCCUUGUGGUCCUAAUAGUCAAUGCCGAGAGAUUAACGGGCAGGCUGUUUGCUCAUGUCUGCCCACAUACGGUGGAUCUCCACCUGGAUGUCGACCGGAAUGUGUAACAAGUUCCGAGUGUUCUUUGGAUAAGGCAUGCGUCAAUCAAAAGUGUGUUGACCCUUGUCCAGGAACGUGCGGAACCAAUGCCAGAUGCAAUGUAAACAACCAUAGUCCAAUCUGCUCAUGUCAAUCCGGGUAUACUGGAGAUCCGUUCACACGUUGUUACCCCAAUCCUCCUCCUCCGAAAGACACGGAAAUAAUUGUUCGCGAUCCAUGUGUUCCAUCGCCAUGUGGUCCAAACGCUCAAUGUCGAAACAUAAACGGAGCGCCAUCGUGCUCAUGCCAUGCGACCUACAUUGGAACACCACCGAACUGUAGACCUGAAUGUUCAAUUAACGCAGAAUGUCCUAGCAAUCAGGCUUGCAUCAAUGAGAAGUGUAGAGACCCAUGUCCUGGUUCGUGCGGCAUCGGAGCACGCUGCAAUGUCAUUAACCAUACGCCAAUUUGUACAUGCCAAACCGGUUACACUGGCGAUCCAUUUACUAACUGUUAUCCUGAACCUGCUCCACCACGAGAACCGACUAGGACCGAUCCUUGCGAUCCGUCUCCAUGUGGUGCCAAUGCACAAUGUUCCAAUGGAGUAUGCACUUGCUUGCCAGAAUACCAGGGUGACCCAUACCGUGGGUGCCGACCGGAAUGUGUGCUCAAUUCGGAAUGUCCGCGUGAUAAGGCGUGUAUCCGUAGCAAAUGUGUCGAUCCUUGUCCGGGAACGUGCGGACAGGAUGCUCUAUGUGAAGUCAUGAAUCACAUUCCAGUUUGUAGCUGUCCCAAUGGAAUGGCGGGUAAUGCGUUCAUACAGUGCAUGCCUCAAAGGGCCCCGAUCGAAACAGAUCCAUGUAAUCCUUCGCCUUGUGGUCCUAACAGUCAAUGCAGACAAAUCAAUGGUCAAGCGGUUUGUUCUUGCGUAGUUGGUUAUGUCGGAAGUCCUCCAUCUUGUCGUCCAGAAUGUUCCGUAAACUCCGAUUGUGUUCAAAGUAUGGCUUGUGUGAACUUUAAAUGCAAAGAUCCUUGUCCUGGAACCUGCGGACUUGGUGCCCAAUGUACUGUAGUCAAUCAUAACCCGAUUUGUAGUUGUCGCUACAGGAUGACUGGGGAUCCCUUCGUUAGGUGUUACGAAAUUGUGGAGAGACCUGUCAUCCAAGAAACUCCUCGUGACCCAUGCAUUCCCUCGCCGUGUGGAUUAAAUUCUGUAUGUGUUAACCGAGACGGUACUCCAUCCUGUUCGUGUCAACCAGAAAUGAUUGGCUCACCUCCAAAUUGUAGACCAGAAUGCAUCAGUAACUCCGAUUGUUCGAAUACAUUGGCCUGCAUCAAUCAGAAAUGUCAGAACCCAUGUUCAAACGUGUGCGGAACGAAUGCUGAAUGUCGCGUUUCACUUCACGUUGCCAAUUGUAUUUGCCCAUCUGGUUACACAGGAAAUCCAUUUGUUCAUUGCUCUGUUGAAAUUGCUACACCGCCACCACCGAGAACACCGGAAGAUCCUUGCGAUCCGUCACCGUGUGGCACCAACGCGAGAUGUAGACCAGUUGUUGGUAGCGCCGUAUGUGAGUGUAUCGAAAAUUACUUCGGUAACGCUUACGUCGCCUGCCGGCCGGAAUGCGUAUCGAACUCGGAAUGUUCACGGGAUACGGCUUGUAUACAGAACCGCUGUAAGGAUCCUUGUCCAGGCGUUUGCGGGUACAAUGCCGAAUGCAGUGUGAUCAAUCAUACACCAACGUGUACGUGCCCCGAAGGAAUGGUCGGAAACGCUUUCGAGCAGUGUUCAAGAAAACCAACGCCGCCAGUACGUGACGAUCCAUGCUAUCCAUCGCCUUGUGGACUGAAUACGGUUUGUCGUUCGUCCAACGGAAACGCAGUUUGUGAAUGUUUGCCGGACUUCAAGGGAACACCAUUCGGCAGAGGAUGCUAUCCGGAAUGCACGAUCAAUUCGGAUUGUCCACGAGACAGAACAUGCGUCAACAAGAAAUGCGUUGAUCCUUGCCCAGGCGUCUGCGGAUAUAGAGCCGUUUGCCAUGCAAUAAACAACAGCCCUGUGUGUUCAUGUCCAAGCAACAUGAUCGGCGAUCCAUUUGUGGAAUGUAAGGAAGCUCCUCCUAAAGAUCCAUGCAAUCCGUCACCGUGUAGAACGAAUGGAGUUUGCCGCGUUGUAGGCGGAAGAGCCGAGUGUCAGUACCCGGAGUGUGUGAUCAACUCAGAUUGUUCAUCAAACCGCGCAUGCUACAAUCAAAAAUGUAGAGAUCCAUGCGCUGGUGCUUGUGGAGUCAAUGCCAUAUGUAACGUAGUUAAUCACUCACCAGUUUGCUCGUGUCCAGAGCGACAUGUUGGGUCACCAUUCGUACAAUGCAUUCGACAAAUGGAUCCAAUUCCACAACCAGAAUGUACAGCAGAUGACCACUGUACCAAUGAUAAGGCUUGCAUCAAUCAACAAUGCGUAAACCCAUGUACGGCAAACAAUGGCUUGUGUAACUUGAAUGCAGAAUGUCGAGUUCAAUUCCACCGAGCAAUUUGUACUUGCCGUGAAGGAUAUACUGGAAACGCACAGGUUGCAUGCUACGAAAUAGGCUGUAGAGCUGAUUCAGACUGCCCAGCGACGGAAGCUUGCGUUAACAGGAAUUGCGUAGAUCCGUGCAAGUACACCCAAUGUGGAAGGAACGCGGUUUGCAGAACGGAUUACAAUCAUAACGCCAGAUGCCAUUGUUUGGAUGGUUAUAGAGGCAACCCAUUGACUGGUUGCACGCGACCAGAAUGUACCCGAGAUGACGAAUGCCCAUACCAUUUAUCGUGUCAGAACGAACAAUGCAGAGAUCCAUGUAACUGCGCGCCGGGAGCACAAUGCAGAGUUGACAACCAUCGGGCAUCGUGUAGAUGUCCUCCUGGAUAUACAGGAGACGCCAGCUUUGCUUGCGAAAAAGUACCAGUUCGCGAUCCCGAUCAAUGUAAGAUGGACGCCGAUUGUUCAAGCAAAUUGGCCUGUUUCAGUGGAGUUUGUAAAAAUCCAUGCCACGAAACAAAACCAUGCGCUGCAAAUGCAGUUUGUACGGUUCAAGACACACUACCUUUGCGCACCAUGUAUUGUGUGUGCGAAGAAGGCUUCGCAGGCGACGCAGAGAAGAAAUGCUCACCAGAAUCGACUGUCAUACCAGGAUGCAGUUCUGAUGUCGAAUGUGCCGCAACAGAAACGUGCCGAAACCGAGUGUGCGUUAACCCGUGUACGGAGUUCAACCCGUGCGCCAGAAGUGCGGAAUGUUUGGCUCAAAGUCACAAGGCUAUUUGCUCGUGUCCAAUCGGUAUGGUGGGCGAUCCAUUCCAGAACUGUUACCGCGAACCGGUCGUCACGGUCGAAUGCACUGUGGACACGGAAUGUGCAAGUGAUCGGGCCUGUAUCAACCAGAGAUGUCAAGACCCAUGUGCUGAAGGUAACCCAUGCGCAGGCAAUGCAGAGUGUCGAACUUUGACCCACAGACCACUGUGCAUGUGCCCUCGAGGCUGGGGAGGCGAUCCGACAGUACAAUGCUACAAACCUGAAUGUCAAAGCGAUAAUGAUUGCCCAUACGAUAAGGCCUGUUAUAACGAAAAGUGCUUAAACCCAUGCACGUACGGAGCAACUCAAUGCGGAAGAGGAGCCGAAUGUCUACCGCAAGGCCAUCGUGCCAACUGUGUUUGCCCGCAAGGUACUCAAGGAAACCCGCUCAUUUCAUGCGUAACAGGACUUUGUCAGUACAACGAAGAUUGCGCUGAUCAUGAGGCUUGUGACAGGUUGAACAGAGUAUGUCGACCUGUAUGUGAUGAUGAAACCUGUGCUGCUAAGGCUAUGUGCGUCGGCCGGAAUCACCAGGCCACCUGCGAAUGUUCUGCCGGUACAAGAGGUAAUCCAUAUAUAGCAUGUCUACGGGACGAACCGGAGCCAGAGUGCCGUGCCGACAGCGAUUGCCCUUCACAACAGGCGUGUCUCAACAGCCGGUGCGAUAAUCCGUGUACACAAAUCAAUCCAUGCUCACAACAGCAGACUUGUAGCGUUGUGGACACUUUACCACUUAGAACGAUGAUCUGUGCUUGUCCAUCAGAUAUGUUGGUUGACGAUAACGGACAAUGUAAACCCAUAGUAGUCGAAGGAUGCCGUACAGACGGUGAUUGUCCGGAUACAGAUCGCUGCAUAAGAGGUCAGUGCACAUUAGCUUGUCGAGCUGAACCAUGCGGAAUAAACUCGUUGUGUGAAUCACGUGGACAUCAAGCACGUUGCGCGUGUCCACCGGAAUACAUCGGUAAUCCUCACAUCGAGUGUACUCCAGAAGCAAGAGUACCGAGCUACAAGGAGUGUACCGUCGACAGCGAAUGUCCGUUGGAUCGGUCGUGUUUCAACGAACGCUGUAUCAAUCCAUGCACUCGCGACGCUUGCGGACGUGGCGCCAUUUGUCACGUACAAAACCAUAAUGCCGUUUGUAAUUGUCCAACUGGUUAUACUAAGGAUAGAAAUGAUAACUGCAUACCACCCUCUGCUGACCUGCCCAAGUGUCAAUCGAACUCGGACUGUACGUCAAGUGAAACGUGUGUCAACGAAAUCUGCGCAAACCCAUGUAACUGUGGACAGAAUGCCGACUGCUAUGUGAAGGACCACUAUCCGGUGUGUAGCUGCAAACCGGGAUACUCGGGUAAUGCUCAGUUCGGUUGCUUCAAACUGGGCUGCAGUGCAGAUAGCGAAUGUGCAAACGACAAGCAGUGCUUCAACGGAGAAUGUCUGAACCCUUGCGCGUUGGAAAAUCCUUGUGCGUUGAAUGCCGAAUGCUAUGGUGAUAAACAUCGUGCCGUUUGCCGUUGUAUGGCUGGAUUGGAAGGAAAUCCGUUCGUGCAGUGUCGACGAGUUGAGUGUCAUUUCGAUGGAGAAUGCCCCGAUAAUCGAGCAUGCGUACAGGAACAAUGCGUUGAUCCAUGCAGUGCGAUGGCACCAUGUGCUCAGAAUGCCAUUUGCUUCACGCGUGGUCACGCACCGCAUUGCAAGUGUCCUGACCAUCUACCAGAUGGCAAUCCAUUCUCGUAUUGCGAACGCAGAGUCGUGCAGCAUAAGCCGGAAUGCACGCUUGACGUAGAUUGCCCAAGUCGAUUGGCAUGCAUUAACAACAAAUGCGUGGAUCCUUGUAGAGAACUACUGCCAUGUGCCAAAUCAGCCAAGUGUACGGUUCUAGAUUCGGUCCCAGUACGUACCAUGGUGUGCGAAUGUCCUGAAUUACACGUACCUGAUGCAAAUGGUGAAUGUAAACGCAUAGUUUUACAAACACCACCGGAAUGCACCAGUGAUUCAGAAUGUUCAGAAAGCGAGGCAUGUAUUAACCGACAGUGUAGGAAUCCAUGCAACUGCGGAGAAAACGCCAUGUGUACUGUCAAAAAUCAUAGAGGCAUCUGCUCAUGCGAUAACGGCUUUGAAGGAAACCCGAAUAUUGCCUGUCGAACGAUCGGCUGUCGAGUGGAUUCAGAGUGUGAGUCAAGCAAGGCAUGUAUCAACGGAAACUGCGUCAAUCCAUGCUUAGAUAACGAUCCGUGUGGAAUUAAUGCGGAAUGCUACACAGUAUCGAACCGCGCAGAAUGCAGAUGCUUAAGUGGAUAUCGUGGUAACCCGAUGGUACAGUGUACAGUUGUCGAGUGCCGCAGCAACAACGAUUGUCCAAAUGAUAAGCAAUGUCGCAAUACACAGUGCGUUGAUCCUUGUAUCUACGACAGCUCAUGUUCGCCAAGAGCGGAAUGUAAGGCGCAAAACCAUCUUGCGGUGUGUAGAUGUCCACCAGGACUGGUAGGAAACCCAUACGUGGACUGUAGACCAGAAAUUGUACCGGAGUGUGUAUACGAUACUGAAUGUCCAUCGCACCUUGCUUGUAUUGAAAACAAGUGCGUUGAACCAUGUGGAGUUUUACAGCCGUGCAACUUACCAGCCAGAUGUGAAGCCAUUCCAUCAUCGCCUGUGAGAACGAUGAUUUGUGUCUGUCCGGAUGGUUACGUUAGCAGUGGAAGCGGCACCUGCAAGCCUGUCGUCAAAUCGGGAUGCAUUUCGGAUUCGGACUGUUCGAGCGAUACAGCGUGUAUCAACAGUAUUUGUAGGAAUCCUUGCAACUGCGGACCAAACGCAGAAUGCAGAAUAAAAGAUCACAAGCCAGUUUGCUCGUGUAAGCAAGGAUUUGACGGUAACCCGGAAAUUGAAUGUGUCAAGAUUGAGUGUCGAGCGGAUGACGAUUGUUCGGGUCAACAUUCCUGUAUAAAUCGACAGUGCGUUCCAGUUUGUUCGAUCGAUUCUUGUGGCAAGCAAGCCGAAUGUUACGCACAGAAUCAUCGCGCGAUUUGCGAAUGUAUGCCGGGAUAUGAAGGAGAUCCGCGAAUCAGCUGUAAACUGUUGGGUUGCCGUGCUGACUCAGAGUGUCCACUGGAUAAGGCAUGCAUCAACGGAAAGUGUGACAACCCUUGCGAAAAACAAGCAAUUUGUGCUCAAAACGAACUAUGCCAGGUUUAUCAGCACCGUCCGGAGUGUGCCUGCCCGCCACCGUUCGAGUCGGAUCCUAUCAGAGGAUGCGUAUUGCAAGAUGAUCGUUGCAGGACGGACGGUGAAUGUCCAUCACAGACGGCAUGUAUCCAAGGCGAGUGUGUCAAUCCGUGCAAUGUAACGGAACCAUGCGGUGUCAACUCGAUGUGUAAGGUGCUGGAUACGCUGCCGGUUCGUACGAUGAUUUGCGAGUGCUUGCCUGGCUACCAAGGCAAUGCGGCAAUUCAAUGCGACAAGAUGGCUCUUUGUCCGACGGAUCGAGGUUUCAUACGCAACGCUAACGGUGAAUGUGCUUGUCCACCAGGUUACGGGCUAAGCAUUUACGAAGACUGCCAGAUCUGCCGCCAAGAAGAUGGACUGAAGGUAGAUCAGGCAGGACGGUGCGUGUGUGCUUUGGAACGAGGAAUGAUCAUAGACGAACGGGGUCGUUGCAUAUGUCCAAUCGAUCACGGUUACCGUCUGACGGAACGUGGCGAAUGUGUCCGAACGGCAGUUCCGGAGUGUACACGAGACAGUGAUUGUCCAGUGUACAGAUACUGCAACGAACAGACAAGGACGUGUGAAGAUCCCUGCACAGUAAAACAUUGUGGAACGAAUGCUCUCUGUAAUGCGACGAACCACCAGGCUGUGUGUCAGUGCAUUGCAGGAUACACUGGAAAUCCCGAACUACACUGCAAUCAAACAACCAACUUCCGAACGGACUUCCCGCAACCGGAUAUGCAAGUAACGUGUCAGGCUGACGGGGUCCAGGUAGUGAUCGACCUGAUGGAGUCAAACUUCAACGGAGUGCUGUACGUGAAGGGCCACAGCAAGGACGAAGAGUGUCGCCGCGUGGUUAACCUUGCCGGAGAUGCGUCACAACGGACACAGAUAUUCAAGGUUCAUUUCGGUAGCUGUGGCUUGAUUCACGUCAACGGAGUGGCCAGUUUCAUACUGGUGAUACAGAAACAUCCAAAAUUGGUAACGUACAAGGCCCAGGCCUAUCACAUCAAGUGCGUCUAUCAGACGGGCGAGAAGAACGUUACGCUCGGAUUCAAUGUGCAGAUGUUGACGACGGCCGGUACCAUUGCCAACACCGGUCCACCACCGACCUGUGCCAUGCGGAUCGUGGCCUAUAACGGCGAAGAGAUCAAUUCGGCCGAAAUCGGCGACAAUCUGCGGCUGCAGGUCGAGGUUCAGCCAGCAACAAUCUACGGCGGUUUUGCACGAAGCUGCGUCGCCAAGACCAUGGAGGACAGCGUUGAGAACGAAUAUAUCGUCACGGACGAAAAUGGGUGCGCCACAGAACCGAGCAUCUUCGGCGACUGGGAGUACCAAGCGGAAACCAACAGUCUGCUGGCCAGCUUCAACGCGUUCAAGUUCCCAUCGAGCGACAACAUACGCUUCCAGUGCAACAUCCGGGUGUGCUUCGGCCGGUGCCAACCGGUCAAUUGCCAUGGAGCAAAUGCAUACGGAAAGCGUCGGCGACGUGCUAUUACAGAUAUGAACGAAAUUGAGAUGAUGCUCAACAGGACUCGACGGGCCACCAGCAGCAAUACGGCGCUAGCAUCCGACGACACACUGGGUAUUGAGGGAACACUGCGAGAGGAGAUCACAAUCCAGUCGAAUGCCAUUCUGACACUGGAAAGAAGGGAGGAACGUUCCUACGACUCAGACAACAUAACUCCCGCCGCUCAACGUGUCGAAGAUAUUUGUGUGUCGAUGAUUGGACUUAUCAUUGCAUUGGUAAUAACAGCGCUGUUGGCACUGGUGGCCGUGGCUGUGGCAGUUUCCUGCUGGCUAAUGGCCUACAGGAGACGUCCAACGGUAACCGGACCACUGCCACAUCCGCCGGAAUUCCCGAACCCACUGUUUGCCCAUCACGAACCAUCGGAGCCAUCGCACGACUACAUGACAUAAGCGAUAGACUGCGUGCAACGCUCCAUUUGAUGGCAACACUGUAAAGUAUAAAACAUACAAAACAAAACUGUGAAUAAUAUCGAGUAUCGCAAGUACCAAGAAUACAACGAAUUCGAACGAAAGUAGAAAGCCUAGGAUAAGAAAGAUGAACAAUGUAAAUAGUUACUUUAUAACUCUUACUCCCAUGCUGGACAGUUACACCCUUCAAUCUACGGAAGGAACGGUGCUUUAACCUCAAUGCAACUACCCCAGAUGCUGUCCAUUAUUGGUUUACAAGCAUCCGUGACAAAGCAACAAAAACUUAGGUCAUAGAUCGUUUUUAUUAUGGAAUAACUGGGAACACUGUCAGUCGGAAUAAACCUUCCCAGGGCCGAUCUCGCAAAAGAAAAACUAGUUCACCUCAUGUAAAAAGCAAUUUAUAGAAUAUCGAGAAACCUGACGACCGUAAUGCAACCUCAACCUCGUUAGAAAAUAGAACACCAUUUGUCUCGUUUCUCGAUAACCCUACUCAGGCGGAAACGGCCGGAAGCAGUGUUGCCAGAUUUUCCCAAUCUGGCCCAACACCAACCUGACUGACAGUAUUCCCCUUAGAACAGAAUCGCGUACAUCUCCUCCGCGGGUCGUUGCUAGUCUUUUAUUUAUUAAUGUUAUUAAUGUAUUUAGUAAGAGUUUGAAUCACUUUUCUUUCGCGAAGAAUUACAUUCUCUGACUAUUUGAAAAUUCUCCAUUUUUCGUGGUGGAGGGUUUCAGUUCUAGUUCCGUACUAUUUCCUAUUUUCCUUCUUGGCCUAUUCAGCACAACCGCAAAGCAACUAAACUAUCGUGCAUUGCCAUACAUAUUGUUCAUGGAAAAUUUCUCUCAAAAACUCUCUAUUUGAUCUUAUGCACGUAAAAUGGACAAUGUUAUCGGUGUUAUUUUCAUAAUAUAAUUGUUUUAGUUGUAAUUUAUUUGAAAUUUUAUGAAUAUACAGAAAAAAAAAACGAAUAAUCUCGACCCUCGGAGGAUUUGUCUUAACUAUGUUAGUGGAAGUAAAGAAAAACAACGAGAGAAAUUUAUAGUUGAAACGUUACUUGUAAUAUAAUAAUGAAAGGCAAAAUGCGACAAACAGCGAAAACAGUACGCACAAAGUAGUCAUUUUAUAGCUAAUCUAAUCUCAUAACGAGAAUCAUAAACGAAACCUACGAGAUUUUCGUUCCACUAAACUAUACAAAUCUAUCGAAAACUGCCAACUUCAAAAUCUACCAAAACUGGUAACCGAGACCAAUCAUUGCUUCCUGUACUAAAAAAUGCAUAGAUGUGUGAUAAGUAUUUGAGGAACGGAAAUGUGAAAGAAGCAGCGAGCUUUCAGUUAUUUCCGUUUCCGAGGUCCUUAAUCAACAUCUCGUUCUUAAUUCGGGACAGCCAUAUGUGAAGCCUCUGGAUACCUUUUUCAAUUCUCAGUCAAUCCCACUGCUAAAAUUUUAUCGUUCGGAAACCACUCACUGCUAAUCGUUGAAAACUUUAUACUGCCUUUUGAGAAUACUGAAAAAAAGCGUGAUUAAACCGAAAAGAAACGCCUUUUUAGAUCGCUUGUUUUCGAGUAAUCUUAACAUUAAUUGCACGUCUCCAAGAGACAGAACUGUGGCAGAAAAAAACUCAUUCCCGUCUAUUAAAUUAGGUUAACUUUUUUGGCAAAAUUAUUUCCCGUUUGAUUCCUUCGAAAUGGCACCUUAAGCCGCGAUAUUUAUGUUUAUAAACUAUAAACUGAUAACAAUGUCAACUAUUAAGACUGGAUUAACAUUAAUUGAGGUAACGAAAACAAAAAAAAAACGAAAGAAAAAAAGCACUACACAUUUCCCAACUGUUCCAGCACGACAGUCUGCGCGCGAAUUUUCCCAGUGUAAUAUGUUUUAAUCGAAA